UUCUAGCGCCGCAAGGCAUUCCGGGAGUUGUAGUUUUCGCGUUUCCUGGCUUGGAAUCCCGUGCUGGUUGGCAGUGAGCAUCGCUGGGAGCGCAGCAGGAGGUCAGCGCGGAUUGCAGACCCUCUCCCUGUCACCACAGCCUGCCGGGGCCACAGUGGUAAGGCUACAUUGUAUUGUGAGGCGGCACACUGGGGGUUAAUGGGCAUUGCAUGUACUUUGAUGUCAGUGGAAUCCUCAGCUCCCUUUACCUGUUACAUUGUAUCAGCACAGCUGGUCUAUCAGGGGAAUCUACAUUCUGGCCACCCCUGUCUUCUGGGUUAGAUAUAUAGCUGGGGACCUACCUUCUGGGUUAGAUAUAUAGCUGGGGACCUACCUUCUGGCCACCCCUGUAUUCUGGAUAAGAUAUAUAGCUGGGGACCUUCCUUCUGGCCACCCCUGUAUUCUGGAUUAGAUAUAUAGCUGGGGACCUACCUUCUGGCCACCCCUGUAUUCUGGAUAAGAUAUAUAGCUGGGGACCUACCUUCUGGCCACCCCAGUCCUCUGGAUAAGAUAUAUAGCUGGGGACCUUCCUUCUGGCCACCCCUGUAUUCUGGAUAAUAUAUAUAGCUAGGGAUCUACCUUCUGGCCACCCCUGUAUUCUGAAUAAGAUCUAUAGCUGGGGACCUUCCUUCUAGCCGCCCCUGUCUUCUGGAUUAGAUAUAUAGCUGGUGUGAGCGUAAAGGUGGAAUAGUGGUUGAUGGGAGAUACAUCAGACCUGAUUUGCUAAACAGCAACCAGAGGAUUUUUCAGUUAAAUGCCCCAGGGAGAGAUGUUAAAGUUUGCAAUAUGCAUAGCUGAUGCUCUGCAAAACAUGGUAUGGGUCCCUGGGGCGGAGUAUUUGGAGAGCAGGGUGGGCCAAUGCUCCAACAGCACUAGUUGCUGUAUAACAGACCACAGCUUGGAUCUGAUUUUAAGAGUUAACUAAUUGGCACUCACCUGUAGCUACUCAAUUAGUAGACAGGCCUUUAAAAGAAGAGAGCAGCCUGCUGCAGAGUGAGGGAGAAAAAGACAGCUAGGAGAGAUUGUGUUUAUUGCAAAGACAUUGCUUUUGUUUGGAAAAUUGGUAAGUGGGAAAGCCACCCAAUUGCAGAUAGCAAUUACUGUCUAGUAAACGCUCAAGUAAGAGCAAGGGAUUUUGUUUGUUUUUGUUAUUAUUUAAAGUACCUGCUUUCUUACUGAAUAAAAAGGAAAACUGAGCUGAAGGUGUCCUGGACUUUGUAUACCCUAGAAGGCUGUGGUUACUGUAAGAUCUGUGACAAUCCUACCUGUAAAAGAGGUGGUUUGUUACACUGGGGACCUACCUUCUGGCCACCCCUGUCUUCUUGAUAAGAUAUAUAGCUGGGGACCUUCCUUCUGGCCACCCCUGUAUUCUGGAUAAGAUCCAUAGCUGGGGACCUACCUUCUGGCCACCCCUGUAUUCUGGAUAAGAUAUAUAGCUGGGGACCUUCCUUCUGGCCACCCCUGUAUUCUGGAUUAGAUAUAUAGCUGGGGACCUACCUUCUGGCCACCCCUGUAUUCUGGAUAAGAUAUAUAGCUGGGGACCUACCUUCUGGAUAUAUAUAUAUAUAUAUAUAUAUAUAUAUAUAAUCUCCCCAACCCUUUUUCUAGCAUAAGAUGCUGCUCAUUAAUAUAUAUAUAUAUAUAUAUAAUGUAAUUGGGUUGUUUUGUUUUUUUUUUGCAUCCAGAAGGAUAAGGAGCAUCUUAUGCUAGAAAAAGGGUUAGAGGUUUACUAGUUUGUAUUUUGUGUUUAUUUGUAGCGUGUCAGUUUAUCCCAGAGAGCUGUACAAUAAGUAAAUUAUCAGAAACCAGAUAAGGUUAACUGAAACCAGUUGCCAUACUGGGCCUGCAAGAAUACUUCCUUUUAACUUGGAGAUAAUUCUGGUUCUUGGUGGCUCUAAAAACACCCAGAGGCAAACCUCCCUCUAAGAAUGACAAUGCUUCCCUCUCUGAGAUGGAUUUGUGUCUGUUCAGUGGAAUUAGCUGUUUCAUACUAUUACCCACUUUGCAUAGUAACCAGGAAGAAGCAAACAGUGGUAAGGGAGGACUGCUGAGUGUUACCCAACACACAUUCCUGUUUAAUAUCACUGGUAAGUAUAUGGGGUUAAGAUAUAUUUGGGGUCCAGAGAUUCAAAGGAACUUUAGGGUCCUGCUGCUUUUGUUGUUGAAAAUUGAAAUCUUUUUCACUAAACUGUUUGUUGAGACCCAAUUUUAUAUAUAUAUAUAUGUGUGUUUGUGUGUGUGUGUGUGUGUAUGUAUGUAUAUGUGUGUGUGUGUGUGUGUAUAUAUGUAUAUAUAUAUAUAUAUAUAUAUAUAUUUAUUCCUUGCUCAGCUUGUUAUUUAGUGAAUAAACAUCAAAUUUAGCAAAACUAUUUAAAGGGCCACUAUAGUGGCAGGAAAACAAGCCCUCAGGGCCCCCUUCCAGCUGGGCUGAAGGGGUUAAAACCCAUUCAGUUACUUACCUUAAUCCAGCGCCGGGCUCCCUCGGCGCUGGUGACCUCUCAUCCCCCUCCGUUGCAGCUCCAGAGUGGAGCCGAAUGCGCAUGAGCGUCCAGAGCCGUGCGCGCAUUCAAAUGCCCAUAGGAAAGCAUUACUCAAUGCUUUCCUAUGGACAUUGUGCACGUUGGAUGCGAUUUUCGCAUCCAGCGUUGCGGAAGCGCCUCUACUAGAACUAAUGGAACUAAUGACGGAUGCUGAAUGCGCUGUACGUGACAUAUAAUUUUUCCAGUUUGACUAGUUUUCACUCAAAUGUAAUUAUUAUUUAUUUAUUUUUUUUAAUUUUCGAUGAUUCAUAUGAAUUUAGAUAUUUUAUCUUACAAGUUUUAUGAACUAUAAAUAUAUUUUGUACUAUAAUUAUGCUGUUUAUUUUCAUUUUGUGUUACUUUUCUGGACGUUUCCAUUGUUCUUGAACUGGUUGAACGAGAUACGUGAUUUUUGUUUUUACUAUAACAAACAUGUAGGGCUAAACAAAGCGAGCUGCUUUAGUAUAACAAAUCCUCCAUUUCUAGUUCAAUACAUUAUUGCAACAUUUUUUUUUUCUAGAGUGCAAAUUGUUGGGCACUCAGAGGGAAUUAAAAACAAAUUGUCUAAUCAUAGAACAAAGUGAUUGAAUUAGGGAGCUGGGGGGAUGUAUUUGGCUUUGUUUUUAAGUUCAGCUAUUUUAGACUAAAAAUUUUAAAAUUCAGUUUGAAUUCACAAAUUCCAUGAAUUUACAACAAAUCUAACUUUAGUGAAUAAUCCAGUUUAUAUACUUAUAGGAUUUUAUUCACUAAGUUGGGAAUAGCACAUACUUGACGGGUUGUACAAAUUUUAAGUCACACUUUCCGCUUUGGUUAGUUUGACUUAAUUUGUGCAAAUUCCUUCUUGGUUGUUUAGAGUAGGGAUCGACCGAUAUAAUUUUUCAGAUUUUCGGUCGCCUUUCGGGCUCAUUGACGAUCCUUCCACUACGUCAUCCAGCCCAGUACAUUACAGUAGAUUAUUCACUCUCUUGCCUUCAGCUGAGCUUCACAUGCGGUAGGGGUGACGUGAGGUUGCGACGCAGUCCAUCAUUGGCUGGUGGCUAGUUUAGAGUUCCCCCUACAUUAACUUCAUCUGUAAACUGCUGUGAGCGCUGCUGUAAUCAAGUAAUGAUCUACCUUAGGGGUGCCAAAAAGGUAGAUCCCCCAAAUGUUUUCGUACUACAGCUUCCAUGAUGAUUUGUCAUUCUAAAGGCAUGCAAAGCAUCAUGGGAGUUGUAGUUCUACAACAUUUGGGCAUCUACCUUUUGGGCACCCCUGAUCUCCUAUAGCCAGUCUAAAAAUCCAUGCCGCAGGGGGAGCAGUCAGAAUUAGGGAAGUCCAUAAAUGCCAGGAAUUGGUUUUUAAAUCCAUCAAAAUGCCAAACGUACAUCUGUAAUGCAAGUUUUGGCACAUUUCCUCAAAUUAAUUAGCCUGGGCUGAAAGUUAGUAGCCAGACAUCAUUACACACACUGCUUUUUCACUCACAGCUCGUCACAUUUACACAUUAACAUUGAAAGGGUAGCUGUCAAUUCGCAAGUAUUUUUAGUAUAUAUUUGUGAGGUGUCAAAAAUAUAAUUUAAAUGUAAAAAUCAACACAAGUUUUUCCUGCAACUGGGCGACUCCAUCUUAGUCAAUCAUUGUUAUAUGUAAGGUGGCCUUAACCCCUUAAGGACCAAACUUCUGGAAUAAAAGGAAAUCAUGACAUUUUACACAUGUCAUGUGUCCUUAAGAGGUUAAAGUGGUCCCUGCCAUCCAACACACAUUUAAUUCCUCCUGACUGCUGCUUUCAGACUAAAGACAGACUCCUGUGCUGGCUUCCAUUUACACGUCACUAUGGGGACAAAAGCCACCGGUUUGUUAAGUGCUGCUCUCUACCUUAUACCCUAAGGUCAAUUUUAAAAAAAAAUUUUUUUACCAGUUAUUUCAGGCCGUGGCUCUUGAAGAUGUUGCAGUGUGGAAUGUCCCAAUGACUGCACUGCUCACUAUCAUGUCCGUAAUCGAAACAAGAAGGUACAACUCACAGACAUAGUCCAAACUUUGUAGGGCUGAUGUGGACAAAGCAUUGCAAGCCUAACACAUCAUCCACUGCCUGUCACAAAGAUCAGGCAUUACAACAAUUACUGCACAAUUGAACAAUUAGAAGUGUUUGUUUGGUAAGGUAACUUUAAAUAGGUGCCUUUGUUAUAUGAACUGGCAAUUAGCUGGGAAUCAGACCUGCAUGAUAAACUAUUCCAGGUCAGUAAUAUCCCAAAUGGUUACACUCAAUGCCAGGUUGCUGGAUUUGGUGGUUACAUAUUUGCUGUAGGUCUGUAUAACUUGUAAGGGUUUUUAUUAAAGUGCACCUGUCUGGGAAAUAUAAUCUAGUAUCACUUCUUAACCCCUUAAGGACACAGCUUCAGAAGCUUGACUUACGCUUAAUGACACAAGCAAUUUUUGCAUUUUCUUGCUGUUUGCGUUCAACUGCAAUUUGCAUCUCUCUCAUUUAUUGCACCGACACACAUUAUAUACUGUUUUUUAAAGGACAGAAAGGGCUUUAAUUUGAUAUAACAUAUAGAUAUAUAAAUGCUUACUUAUUAUAAAAAAAAUACAGAAAAAUGCAAAAAAAUGAAAAAUAUUGUUUUUUUUUACAGUUUUUGCAAUAAUAAUGUGUGCAUAAUUAGUGCAGGUUAAGGAAAGUAAUUAAAAAUAAAUUUAUUUAUUUGUUCUGAUUUACAGAAUAUAUAAUGUGUCUGGGAUUUUAAGUUUUUUUGGUAGUUACAGGUCACAAAGCACAAGGAGUAAAAUAAACUUUUAAUGUGGAGCGAUUUUAGAAUUUGGUAUGUUUGUCUUGUAAGCUUAAUAGCCAUAAAAGAAAACAAAAUUGCCACACAAAAGUAUAUAUUUAUAUAAAGUAGACAUCACAGGCUAUUUACCUAAGGUUGUUUUGACACUUUCUACGUAGCCAUAUUACCGCCAACCUCUGCUAAAUAUUGGAGUAAAAUUGUGUUCUUUUUGGUUUUUGGCACACAAACUUAUAACAGAGAAAUUCUCGUGUAUAUUUUGUAAAGUUGGUGUGUGCUAUUCCUGUACAAAGUUUUAUUUUGUGUUCAGUUACAUCUGCUGAGUAAAAUGACACCCCCAUUGUAUGUCUUUUGCACUAUUUCGUGAAGUUACAGUGCCAUACAGGAUACCUGUCCUUUUCAGUAUUCACAGUAGAAUUUUGAGAGAUGGAUUUAAUGAGCCUUAGCUUCCAUUUUGGGGUAUUAUAACAGUUUGACUGUUCAAAAACCCCCCACAAAGGCCUACCAUUUGUAAAAGUAGACACUCCAGGGUAUCUUAUAAGGUGCAUAUUGUGCCUUAACAUGCCCCAUUUUUUCACCAAUAUAUGCCAAAGUAUGUGGUAAAAAAUAAUUUUGUGCAUUUUUUACAUACGGAUUGCAUUUUUGCUGGGCGUUUUGUAUAUUUCAUAUGUGCCACUAAGUUCAAACCCCCAAAUUAUGCUCAGCUAAGUCUUCUGAGUAAAAUGACACCCCAUAUGAAUGUCUUUGGCACUAUUUCGUGAAGCUACAGUGCCAUAUAGGAGACCUGUCCUUUACAGUAUUCACAGUAGAAUUUUGAGAGACGGAUUUAAUGAGCCUUAGCUUCCAUUUGGGGUAUUAUAACAGUUUGACUGUUCAAAAAACCCCCACAAAGGCCUACCAUUUGUAAAAGUAGACACUCCAGGGUAUCUUAUAAGGUGCAUAUUGUGCCUUAACAUGCCCCCAUUUUUUCACCAAUAUAUGCCAAAGUAUGUGGUAAAAAAUAAUUUUGUGCAUUUUUUACAUACGGAUUGCAUUUUUGCUGGGCGUUUUGUAUAUUUCAUAUGUGCCACUAAGUUCAAACCCCCCAAAUUAUGCUCAGCUAAGUCUUCUGAGUAAAAUGACACCCCAUAUGAAUGUCUUUGGCACUAUUUCUUGAAGCUACAGUGCCAUAUAGGAGACCAAGCCAUAUCCGUUUUUACCAAACUUUGAAUUUUGACGCUGGGCCUAUGUGCAAUUUCCAAGCAUCUUCGCUGGUUUUAAAUUCAAACUACCCCACAAAGGCCUACCAUUUCUUAAAGUAGACAUCCCAGGGUAUUUCAAAAGGCAUAUUUUGAACCUUAGCGUGGGAUCAUUUUUCCGCUAGCUUGUACCAAGUGUAGUGGUAAUAAGCAUUUUUUCUGCCUUUUGACAUACAAAGUGAGUUUGCGCAGCAUAUUUUGCAAACCUUAUGUGUGCUAUGACUGUAUAAUACUUCAUAUGUUGCUCAGCUAUGUCGGCUGAGUACAGCAAUACCCCGUAUGUACCUUUGCCAGGUAUGUGUGGACAUCGGAGGGGCACAUUUGGGACACAGCCAUUCCAGUUUUUUUCAAACUUUGAAUUUUUAUGCUGUACCUAUGUCCCAUUUUAGAGUAUUUUACCAGGCUAUAUAAUCCAAAUUCCCCAUAAAGCCAUACCAUUUCUUAAAGAAGACAUCCCAGGGUAUUUCAAAGGGCAUAUUUUGAACCUUAGCGUGGGAUCAUUUUUCCGCUAGCUUGUACCAAGUGUAGUGGUAAUAAGCAUUUUUUCUGCCUUUUUGACAUACAAAGUGAGUUUGCGCAGCAUAUUUUGCAAACCUUAUGUGUGCUAUGACUGUAUAAUACUUCAUAUGUUGCUCAGCUAUGUCGGCUGAGUACAGCAAUACCCCCGUAUGUACCUUUGCCAGGUAUAUGUGGAUGUUGAAGGGGCGCAUUUGAGACGCAGCCAUUCAGUUUUUUUUCUAACUUUGAAGUUUUACGCUGUGUCCAUGUUCCAAUUUGGAGUAGUUUAGACGGUUGGUUAUUGAAACUUCCCCACAAACACAUACUAUUUAUUAAAGAAUACACCCUGGGGUAAUUCAAAAGGCAUAUUUUGAACCUUGGCGUGGGAUAAUUUUUUCUCUAGUUUGUUCCAGGUGUAGUGGUAAUGAGCGUUUUUAAAAUGUAUUUUUUUUACUUUUUAUAACUUUUUUACUUUUAAAAACUAGUUUUUCAACUUUUGCUUUGCUUAUAAAUUUUUUUUAAACUUUCCUAAACUUUCUUAAAACUUUUUUACAGAUUUAACAUUUUUCUAAGCUUUUUUUUUUACCGUUAACCCCUAACUAGCAGUAUGCAGCAGUAACAGUAAAUUCCCCAUUUUCCCAUAACUCCCACCCACCCCAGCUAGCAAAAUAUAUAGUUAUAAAAUAUUUAAAUUAAUUAAUUAAAUAAAUUGAACCCCUGAGGGUUAAAAAAAUAAAUAAAAGUUAAUCCUCAGGGGUUAAAAAAAAUUAGAUCACAGUAUAAUACUGUGAUCUCUAUUUGAUCGCUGUAGGCAGUGAUCGACUGGCAGGGAAGGGGUUAAUUUUUAUUUGGACUAGGUAAAGUGUGUUUUUUUUGUUUUUUUUUACUUAAAUGUUAUUAAAACAUUUUUUUAAGCUUAAUUUUUAACUUUUUAAAGUUUCUUUUAAAACUUUUUUUAACGUUAACCCCUAGUUAGCCUAACGCCAAAUCCCCCAAUUCCCCACUAACUUCCACCCACCCCAGCUAUCUAAAUAUAUAAUUAAAAAUAAUUUAAUUAAUUAAUUUAAUUAAUUUAACCCCUGAGGGUUAAAAAAAAAAAGAAUUAACCCUCAGGGGUUAAAAAAAAUAAUCAGAUCAUAGUAAAAUGUAAUCCCUGCCAAUUGAUCACUGUAGUCAGUGAUCAAUUGGCAGGGAAGGGGUUAAUUUUUUAUUAAAAUGGGUAAGGGGGGGGACACUUUAAAUAAACUUUAUUUUUUUUUACAGCAGGGGGCAGGAUCAGCACUGAUCCGGCUCCCUGCACUUCACACAGAACCCGGAAGUGCAGGGAGCCGGUAGGUAAGUAUACAGAGCACAUGUGCUCGCUCCGACUUGUGGUCAGAGCGAGCACAUGUGCUGGGCAGCUUGACCGGGUGCUCCCGGUAUGCCUCCAAUGCAGAGGCAUACCGGGAGCACCAUUAACCCCGCGAUCGCCGCGAUAGCGGCGAUCCGGGGUUAAUUUUACCGCGUGACGGACGAGGUCCGUCACCCGUCGUUAAGGGUCUCCCCUGCGUGACGGACCUCGUCCGUCACCCGUCCUGAAGGGGUUAAAGGAUCCAAUUUCAUCAGUAAAUAAAUAAGUUUAUAGCUGGAGAUAAAUAUUACAUUUACAUUGCAGGGACACUGCACCCAGUCAACUUCAAUGAGCUGAAUUGAUAUGGGUGUCUAUGGUGUCCCUUUUAACAGCAGCUUGGAACACUCCACACACAAAGCAAUUCAGCCCGCUAAAGUGCUUAAUGUGCGAGGAGUAUCUUUUCUUAAUUGCGAUGUAUAGCAGUGCUGAAAAUCCAUUUGAAAUAGGCACUUCUAUAAUGUCAGAAACACCUCGCUGGCUGUCAGUGCUGACGUAAGUGGUAGGCACGCUCUGCUAGACUGUGCCUACAUUCUCCCCCCAGUGUGUCUGUGGGCGUGCUGCUGUCAAAUGCCAGUUUUGUACAGGAUUGAUUGAAUGAGAGUUCUGGGUUGGAAGCUUUCUGUCUGGGCUAAGCCCUCCGGUUGGGAACUUCUAGCCCUGUGUUGGAAGUAGUGAAGGCAGCAAGCGAACCCAGCAGACUCAAAGUAAGAAGUCAAACUAUUCUUAAAUGGUUUGACUACUUACAAUGGGGAGGGGGGGAGAUGUCAGGCAAAUAUUGGCACCAUAAUCACUAUAGCGCUCUGUUGUGUUAAAGCGCUUGGAGUGUUCCUUUAACAAAAUGCGUAACUGUAAUAAUUUCCUUACUGUGUGUGCAUUUACAAUCUGAUUUGGAAUAGGAUAGUCACUGAGUUGGAGCUCAUUGUUGGUCAGUUGUUUUGUACCUGGUGGGAGUGAAUGGCUGGUUGGAUAAACCACCGUCUUUGGUCUGAAUCCGUGGAACCGUCAUGGUUGUAGAAAGGCAGGAUUAGAAAUGCAUUUUCAUUUCCGGUGUCAACGGAAGAGAAUGUGGCGUUGGCGUGUGCGUGGCUAUGUUCCCACCCGCCCAUAUAAGAUCUCGUAUGUCAUGUUACAAAGUCUAAAUGAGACUGUCAGAUUCUGCUUGUGUUUUGUUAUAGCAUGGAUUUAAAUGCCACAUUAAAAUUCAGCCUGCAUUGUCUCUUUUUAUUUGGCAAUAAAACUCAUUGUACUUAAUUAGCUGAUGACUGAUUCUUCACUAAUUUCUAUGCAUUAAUAAACGUGUAUCCCAACCCUUUUUUCAGUACUUGCCAAUCCUGAGCACCUGACUAUUGGGACACUAUCUACUUUUAGAAUGUCCCACUGUUUCGUACUACCCUCAGUUUAUUCUCUCUUUUUUUUUUUUUCCAGGUUUUAUUGUUACAUUAAUUACAAUUGUUACAAUUUUAUACAGGUACACAAGUCUUUGAGGAAGCAAAGCAUUGUUUUAUUUUUUACAUUUGUGAUACAAUUCAGAAGACAUACUCUUUUUGAUUUGGUGGCUGUAGACAUUUGGACAAAUCAAAGUAGUCAAACAUUUCCCGUUUAGUAUAUUCCAAAUGUGUCCAUUGCUUGUGUGUUAGUUCCUUGUCUAGGUCUUUUUCCCACGCCUGUACAAAUGUCAGGUUGAGAGGGCGGUAAUGGCAGAUGUAUAGUGUAGACAUAAUUUUUUGUGUUUUUAUUGCACAUUCUUCUACUUCUGACAGAUCGUUAUCAGUUUCCAUUGAGGAAAGCGUUGCUUUGUUUUUCCCCAACCAGGAGUUGAUCUGCCUAUAGGCGAAUUCCACCGAAUUUGGUAGGUUGUAAGUGCUUUGUAGGGACCAGAAUGAGAGUGGUGCUCCCAGUUUAUUCUCUUAUGUGAAAUAGUUGGCUGGGCAGUAGGUAUGAUCAUGGCUCUGUAUUUCUUAAAUUGGCUUUUGUUAAACUUUUGUGAAAUGUAUUAAUUUGCAAAUUAAUAUCCCCCUCCACCCCCCAAUGAAUGUCAAGUCUCAUUUUUUUCUCUUAUUGAUUAUUCACCCUGCAUUAUGAUAGUGAUAUUUUACAGAGGUGAAAUAUACGGCAGGUGUUCUUUUAACAACUACUUUGAUGUUUAUUCACUAAUGCAAAAAUUGUAGAUAAUUGACAAUUAUCGAUGAUUGCAGUUUUCAUGCUAAGUAGAGAAGUUGUAAAAUAUCUUAUUUAUUCUGCCAGCUGUCCAGAAUUUCUGGGUUAAUGAUUAAACAUAAAAUAAAUUUGUUGUGAUUUGUGCACAUGUAACGAGUCAUAGGAGUUCCAUAUCCCCGCCUCCCUUUUUCCUUUUGAAAUCUAGUAAACAUUUAUUUUCAUUUGACACUUUGUGGGACCUUUGGUUCCAAGGCCUAUUUUGAACACUAUAUUUCUAACAUUCUAGAAUGGUUUGAUUUGGUUGGUGUAACCAUUGCUGUCAUUUAAUCCCCCCCCUCCACACCCUCCAAUUAUUGGUAUUUAAAAAACAAAAUAAAAAACCUAAUUGAUCCCAUGCGGAGGCUGUGUUCUUCCUGCAUACAAUGUACAUCCCUAUUCACAUUUGAAUAACUGGAUUGACUAGUUUUCGGUUCCACUCUAAUGGUUAUUAAAGUGUAAGCUCAACAGCCGGGCCAAGGCAAACCUUACACUGACAAUACGCCUUGUUGCUUUUAGCUAAAAGGUAAAAUCUCUGAGACAGAAAGGAGUAUUCUUAUGAACCUCUACACACUUAUUUACUCUUAAAGGGAUGCCCAGACCUCUUCAUUCCAUUGUGUCCCAGUCCCCUUAACCCUGCAAUUGUAAUGAAUGCAGUUUUUGAGAAACUGCAAUAAUUAUCUUGCAGGGUUAACUCCACUUCUAGUGGCUGCCAACCAGACAGCCACUAGAGGUGCUUCCGGGUUUCUUGCAGACUUUUUGUCUGAUAAAUGAUGCUGGACAUGACAUCCAGUGUCUGCUAAAGCCACAUAAGAAAGCAUGCCCAUUAGGUCCCCCCUGCUGGUUGAUGUCGACGGAGGAGCGAUCCAGCACUGAGCAACAUCACUGCUGAAAUUAGGUAACUGGGGGGGGGGGUUACCAUAGUACUUGGAAUAUAACUCUGUGUUCCUAUUACUAUAGUUUCCCUUUUAUAAUCGGGUACACAUGGGGAUGUUCUCACUACAGCCAGAAAAAAUAUAGUGCAGUUCUAGGAACAGCUAAGAUACUGCGCAGAACCCUCAAACUCCCAGGCCUCUGGUAGAGGGCUCGAAAAUGAGGAAUACAUACCACCCCAGGAGGGGUGUGAGAAUUUUUUUUAAAAUAAAUAUAGAAAUUUGUUUUAAACUGAUUUGUAACUUGCUCAUUAUUUCCUCGUAGAGAAUGCUAUAUUAAGAAUCACAGUUUGUGUGGGUGCAGCAAGGUAUGUGAACAAUGAAUGAUGCAAUGUUGGUUUAUAAGUGGGCUGGUCCAAGAUAUCUGUAUGGAAGAAAUAGCGAUCGCUUUUGUUGCACUUUUCACAUGUUACUCAAUGGAGGAUUGCGAAAAAAUAAGCAAACAGUGGACUGUUUGCCAAAUGCCAAAGUCCCUUUGCUUUGUUAUAUAUUGAGUAUUGAUUUAGUUUGCUUAUGCAAUUGUUGCCGUGUAAAUCUAUGUUCCCUAUGAUGCAGCUGGUGAGUGGUUAUAACCGCUACAGGUAUUUGAGACUUGAUGGGAAAGUCUAAACGUGCAUGUCACUAGAGUCUCCUGCUAACAUGUUUAGUUGAUUUGCGUGUAUCAUGUGAGGCAAAGCAGUUCUCCCUAAAUUGGGUAAAAUGAGGAGAAAACACAAUUCUUGCAUUUAAAUGUUUUCUAUCUACAACUUACAUGACAUUGUUUAUUUUUAGCAUGAUGAAUUAUUGUACAAAAAUACAUAUUUUUCGCUCUGACUCAAAGGCUAAUGUGCCCCUGUGCUUAACACUCACAUUCUAUUUCCAAACAAAUGCAGUUGUGUCAGGCUGUGUUACCUCCUAACAAAAUAAGAGUGAGUUGACUAUAAAGGUGCCUGUCGUUGAUGGGAUCUAGGGGGAGCAGGAUUGCCCAAAAAGGGUGCAUGUCAGAUUGGCGUGUUUGGGCUAAAUGCCCUGUGUGUGGUUUGUAUGGUGAAAGCGUGUCUCAUGAUAUACUCGAGUCAUGCUUUCCUGUGUCCUUAGUCAUUGGUGUCUCCAGAUCUGGGAAUAAAACCAGGAAAUUGAGAGGAGCCUAAACUCCUGAGUGUUCUGCUGAAUCUGAGAUUGAAAGGAGCUCUGGUCUAUAACUAUAGCUGCGCACGUUGCACGAACAGCCCUGGUCAGCUGCCUUAUGUGUAUUUACUCUCUAGAAAUCUUUGUUAAAUCUGUAGAUGUCCAAUGUCAUUUUAUAUGGGAUCUACCAUCGUGUGUGAAGACUGACGUGUUUCUUAUCCCAGAGCAAAUAAUAGAUCUGCCCUUUACACGUUGUGUAGGUAUAAUAUGUUAUAUAUUUACACGCGCAAGGAUACUAUUUAGUUAAUGGGGAUAUGUAUAAAAUAAAUUUACAUUUAAUAAUUUCACAUUAUUCUUUAACUAUAUGUAAGUUCUUUAGUGUGAAGGGCUUGUCUGUCAAACCUUUUGUUCUAUUGUGCUUAAACUUUAAACUUCUUGGGGCACUAGCACUUCAGAACUCCCUCAUCCGAAAGUGGGAGACUAAGAGCUAUGACCCUUGUUGAAUCAUGCAUAGUUGCCGGUAGUCCCAUUUUUUUUUUUUUUUGGACAGUCACCAUCUAUCCCACUUUUUGAAGUCAGCCCAGUAAUUCUGUUUGCGAUUGGUGCUAUUUAAAAUGAUACAUUUCUGGUUCAUCUGCCAGGCUGCCUAUAGAGCUGCUAUAGUGUGGUAUGUCCCUGUCUAACCUCCUCCUCUCCCAUUCUACACUUAACUAGGUAAUACCCUUUAAUCGGUGUAUCCCACCCUCAAAUGGUCAAUUUCAAAAUAAUUUGAGGUCUCCACACCAUCUACAAGUAGUAUAAUUGUGUGUUUGUAUAUUAUAUAAAUGGAAUAAGGGGUGCACUCACAGGACUUCUAAAUGAAUAAGUGAUUUAAUGUGAAAAUACAUCUGCAUAAAAUGGAUGUUUCUACCGAGAGAGAGAGAGAGAGAGAGAGAGAGAGAGAGAGAAAAAGCAUAUACAUUGGAGUUAUAUAUCAUUAACCCUUCCAGUGCCAAGGUUUGUGGGCACAUAGUACUUCAGAUUAUCAUUCACUUGAAAAAUAGCAAGUGGACGAUAAUUUGUGUAUGCGCAUGCUGCUCUGUGCAUGUGGUUCUGAAUUCUAGUAAAACUGGUGCUUUGGGAAUAUUCUGAAUCCGAUACUUAUCUUCAGGGCCCGACUGGCCCACCGGGAUACCAGGAAAUUUCCCAGUGGGCCGUGGCACUUGGGGCCGCACAGUGCAGCAACCCUUACUUUCCCCACCCAGUACACACUCUCACAUUGGUGGGACUGGGGAGCACAGGUCACCUCUUACCUCUAGAAGAGGCUUUCCUUUAUCCACUCGCGAGCAGCAGGUGCUGGAAAUUGAACUUUCAAUGCUACUCACGAGUGAGACAUAGAGAGCAGACAGCCGGCAGGAGGAGCCUAGAGUGAGUGCAGCGAAGAUGGCAGGAGCCUGGGGUAAAUGCAAGGAGGUAGGCAGUCCUGGUCCCUGCCUGACAGCCUUUACACUCAGGAAGCAUGUGACCUGGCAAUUAGACAGAGCAGGGCAGCCCACAAGGGUCUUCUGAAGUUUUGCUUCCUGUGUGUAAAGUGCUGUCAGACAGGGAGCCCUGUGAGAGAGCUGGAGGGAAGCUGCUGGGAAGGAGCAAGGUAGGCUCAGUGAGCAGAGGCACCCAGGCAUUUCAUUUUAAUUGUACUGAUUCUUAGAGUGUUUAUAUUUGAUGGUGUAGUUGUGAGUGUGUUUGGUGUGUAUUUUUGUAGUGUGUGUGUCAGUAUGGAUCAAUGUGUCAGUAUGGAUCAAUGUGUGUGUGUGUGUGUGUGUGUGUGUCAGUGUGGAUCAAUGUGUGUGUGUGUGUGUAUGCAUUAUUGAUUGUGUGCCAGUGUUUGUAUGGGAUGCAGCAUUAGUUUGUGUGCCAGUGUCUGUUGAUGAGUAUAUGUCAGUAUGUAUGGGCAUCAGUGACUACAUGCCUGUGUGUGCCAGUGAGUAUUUAUUAAUUAAAAAUCCAUGUGUCUGCCCAUGUGUUUUUUUUUUGUUUUUGUGUUUUUUUUUAUUUAAAAUAAAUUGAAUCUAAAAAAAGUUUUAUAUAUAGUUUUUAUAUAGUUUUGCUUUAUCUAUGUGAUUUGUGGGAGUAUUAUGCAUCUAUAUAUUUGCACAAAUGUAUAUUAAUAUAUGUGUAUUAUAUCAAAAUAUAUUUGUGUUUGGGGCAAUUUCAGUAUAGUAUGAAAUAGCAAGUGAUUAUACUUAUCACAACAAUAAUAACAGUCGGUAACGGUGUGCCGAAACCGACGUGUGUGGUAGGCCUGUAAAUAAGUGGGCCUACCUUAAAUAGUAUUGAAUAGAGGGACAGGAAGGUGGGCCAAGAACGUCUGAACCUGCAUAGCCCCUCCCACAACUUCAGUCCCCACCUUCCAAUUUGUGUUCGGGGCCAUUUCAGUAUAGCAUGAAAUAGCAAGUGAUUAUACUUAUCACAACAAUAAUAAAAGUCGGUAGAGGUGUGCCGAAACCGACGCGUGUGGUAGGCCUGUAAAUAAGUGGGCAAAAAGGAAUACCCAUAUAGUGUUAUCAAAGUUAUUAUUACGAAAACACAAGCCAUCGAGUUAGCGUAUUACGACGAUCACAAAUGCUUUCCUUAAUUCCUGUGUCGGCUGAUGUAUGCAUUGUACGUGUGGUAGUACUGAAUAAGUGCCUCGUGACCCCUCUGGCUGGUCUUAGUUGACGGUAAGCUUAAUACGUAGUGAUCCUGUAUUUGUACAGGUUGGAAUACCGUAGGCAAAGCUUGGAAUCGUGUUGCCCUGUAAUGGUAAAUACUCUGGGGCAUAGGAAACUAUAAAAGCCAAGGAUAUGGCGGUGUAUAGAAUGAUGUUUGUAGCUGAAAACAUGUGGUGUUGAGUGCACGGGAGAUAUAACUUAAUAGUGUUGUGUGACAUUUAAUUCUGAUGUGGCAAAAAAAAAAAUUGGCAAAAUGUUGAAUUCUUGCACCAGGUGGUGAUCUGACAUGAACUUCGCUAUAUGCAGUAAGCUCUGUCAUAGCAGUGUGAGUAUUCUUUGAGGGCCAACUGUGUGAAUUCUUGCUGUGACUUAACAACUCUUCUAUUUCAUAGGCAAUUCUUGAAAUUGGGGAGCGAUCGUGGCUAUUGGCGAGGUAGUUGUAAGGGACCUCCUGAACGCCUGAAACUGAAGACUAGAUAACUGGUCAGCAGUUGUAUGUAAAUGCCUGGUACGUGGUAACAUACAAUAUAAACUUGGUGACAGGAUUCCCUAAGUUAGUCGUCUGAUGAAUUGAUAAUAAUGGAUACAAGACCGUACUUGUUUAUGACGUGGCCAAUUGACAACUUGUCAGAGACCUUGAACCAGUCUGCUUGCCCAUGAAUGACCCCAUAUUGCUGCUGCAGCUAUAAUGGGAUAUACUUUGAAGUAUGCAGAGUUCUUAAGGAACCCUUUGAGCUGGCUCGUUUCCCGGCCACCUACCCCAUAGCCAACUGUCCCCUGAGAUUGCAUCAAGCCCUGUGUAAGCCUUUGCAUUGGGGUGACUCCAGAUGUAGAUGACCCUAGUUAAAGAUAGAUAUAUAUAUAUAUAUCUAUCUAUAUAUCUAACGCCUAAAUAUAUUGUGCCUAUGUGAUUUCCUGCUGGGCGUCCUUCCACUAGAAGCACCUGAAAUAUGUAUGAAGUAUGUGGGACACUUCUAGUUUACCAGCGGGAACUAAUAUCGUAGAGCCCGUAAGUGUCUGUGACUGGAGUUGUACAUGCCGAGAAAGGGCCGGAUAUGGAGGAUUUGAGUGGUCCGACGUGACCUUGGUCGUAUGUAGUUGCCCCCCUGUGGGCCGAAAUUUAGUCGUAGUGGAUUGCUCGUGGUGGGUCGUAUGUAACAUGAGAGUGAUGGCCUAGUGAGGGCCACGUGUAGAGGCAUGCUGUGGCAGGUUGUGACAACUUGCAAACUUAUGUCCAAAUUGUAAUUUCCUAUGUCGUAUGUAAUAGCCCAAUUGAGGGGCUGCCAGGGGCUGCUUAAGUGGAUAGCCCUUUGGUGGGUCGUAUGCAACGUAUAAAAGAGUGUGGUAGUGAAACAAAACUUGGUUGUUGUAUGAUAAGGUCAUGGUUGCCCCUGUAAGCAGGAGUUACUUAACAGCCUAGAUGCUGGGGAAGGCCGUACAAUAGUCAUUGCACGUGCAUGGCUAAUGGGAUAACUUUGUACCAUGGUUACCCGAGCAGUCCAAUAGCCAGGAAAACGGGAAGGACAGUAUAUUAUUAUGUGUAUGAACUGAUCUAAUACGCGGUGAUGAUGUGGGAAUAGUCCAGCAUGGAAUGACUAUGUAAGCCCAAUGGCGGCUGGCUAGUAAGGUCGACCCUGGGAAACUUAAAUGACCCAUAUGAUAACUUCAGUACGUGUCAUGAUGUAUGUGGCAUGUGUGUGCGUCAAAAAUCUUCAAUAUGCUGGACUGAAGUAGUACAAUGAUCAGUAAGGGGAACGUCUGUUAUGCAGGAAUUAUUACCUUCUGUGCGUUUUGGCCAGGAGUAGGCCGUGUAAGUAGGGUAGUGAGGAGAGCUACUGUUUGGCCGUAUGUGGACAGUACAAGAUAUAGCGGAAGUAUAAUACUAUAAGACGUGGUUGAUUUACAGGUAGAAAGCUGUGAGAUAGCUGCACUUAACGCAUACAUUCCUAUCCAGCUGAUAUGUGAACUUAGUGCCCAAAUGAGGGGUUGCAAAUAAGACGUAUUAGUCCACUAAGAUUACCUGAAUUAUGUUGCAAAGGCCUAUAGAUGGCUUUGUGUGAGGACUAUGCAUAAGAGGUCGAGAGUGGCCCAAUGUAGUUCCUGUGGUACUGGGAGGUAACGUAAGUCUGAGUUGAGUUUAAUGGGGUGGGGUUGGUGUUUAUUUUAAGUUGUAGAUCAGUUGAAAGUUACUGGUUAUGACAGCGUAGCCAUGAUUGAAACAUGGCAUACUGAAAUCGUUCAGUAACUUUCAGUGAACAUAUAAUCGUUGUAGGGGCUACACAGGGGACAUGAUAGAGGUGCUGAAAUGCCAUGGCUCAAUAUACUAUACACCUGCUGAGUCCCAUGACCUGAGGGUAGACUAAUAGGACACAGUUGCCAGGAAUAUAGGCUGAGACAUGUGGAAUACAGUAGUGUCUGUACUGACACAAGACCCUGAAGGUUAUAACUAUACUGAUGAAUAACUUCCAGUCUUGUGUCACACAACCUUAAGGACCACUGAGAUAUCGCCCUAGGUGUAUGAGCGGUACUCUGUGAAAUCCUCGGAGGCAAUGAGAAGUGAGACGAGAUUAACGUCCUUUCCCUCCAGGAUGUCCUUCUUGAGGAUUGCCGGCACCAUAUGGGUUGGGGUAAUGACUUGAGACCCUAAGAUGAUGGGCGUAUUAGUAUUACUGAGUUGGUACUGGGAAGGGCCUGGAAUAUCGGUUGCGAGUGGUUCUGGUGUUGUGACUGGACCACUACGGGCUUCCAGUCUAUUUUUUGAUCUGCCCCCUGGAUGUUACUACAGGGGUGAUCAUGGUAUGCAGGUUGGCAUUGCUCGUGCCUACCCCUAUGUCUGAAUUGUUAGUGUGGCUGCAUUUGCCUAAAUGGUUCUGUUUUGCGGGCAGUAGCUGGAAAGGGUAUGCUGCCCUGCGUAAUUCGGCCGUGAUUCGUGGGAUGGUCCACGUUGUAAUUGAAGAUGAACUGCCUGUGACCCCUUUUCGUGUAGGAGUUGCAGUCCUAGUUGGAGUACUUGUACCUGAAAUUACCUCUCCUUUUUCUGAAACUAGGGACAUACUGAAAUAUACAAGCAAGAAUGGUGAGUUUCUUUUGAGAGUGUAUACAGUUGUUUUUUAACUAGUGCCAAAGUGGCGAAACAAUUCGUUAGACUAGUGACAGGUGAGUCCCUACUAUUCGCCAAGUGGCUGGGUUGACUCUACCUAUGGUUGGCGCGAGAGGAUUAUCUGAGGGAUGUGAGCUUACAAGGGAUGAGUCUUUGAUCUGCGGAGGGGGGGUGUGACUAGUGAUUCCCUUGCUAUGCAACAUGCGAGGCGUCUAGCUAUGAUUCGUCCCGUGGGGCGCUAUUACCUCUAUCGUGGAGGAUGGGUGUUGGCAUCGCAAGACCUCUAUCUCUAAGGCUUGAGGUGCCUGGGAGAAAUCCCUAGGUGGCCAUCCAACUCGCCUCUAUGGAAUGAAUCUUUAUACUAAAACAGUGUUUGAGAAAUCGUGAGCAACGUACUUGUAUGAACAAUGUAUGCUCGUUGUUCUGCAGUAGUUUGAGAUUCUGCUAAGGGGGAGGCCUAAACCAGGUUAUGGAUGACAGAAUGGGAGGCAUUGGGUACUUAUGAGUUCAUACUGAGAUGCUGCUGCUGAAAAUCCUCCACGAUCGUAUUUUUGCGUAUACUAUGGUCACCUACCAAUACCUUGUAUGACGUAAGAAUUGUUCUGGUAGAUCACUUAUACUGUAGGCUCUAAUGAGCCAAUUCUUAUCCCGGGUAGUGGAUGUGUGGAAUAGCCUUCCCGCUGACGUGGUAGAGGUUAACACUAAAGAGGAGUACCAGCAUGUGUGGGAUAGGCAUAAGGCCCUCCCAACUACAAGAUAAGGCCAGGGGCAAAUGAAAGCAUUUAAGAAAAUCUGGCAGACUAGAUGGGCCCAGUGGUUCUUAUCUGCUGUCACCUUCUAUGUUUCUAUGUCUAAGCUUGGCGUAUUGAGUCUGAAACAUAUGUUCGAAUAAGUUAUGGUAGUAUAGUGAAUGUCUGCCCGGUACCAUAUUACCCCGUAUACGUUUAAGAGCUUGUGCCCUGCCUGCCGUAUUAAAUCUGAGUAACGAAAUGUAUGAUUGAAACAUAUCGUGCACGUACCAAUGGCAGGAUAUGACUUUAAGAACCUGUCCUUGAAACAAAAAUACACGUAUCAGUUAAAGCAACCACUUUUAACGUUCUAACUAGUUCUAUGAACACGAAAGUAGACCUGUAUGACAAAACGACAAAAUAUAGGCAUAAGCAUAUCCUUGAACAUGCCCUAGAAAUUUAAUACCCAUACCACCCGUAGUGCCAACAGUUGUUUAAGCCAUAUGUACAUAUAUAGAGACAUGGAAUUCACACGUAUGUAUAUAGUGACUUUUAACAGCGGUACUGAGUAACAAAAGCCACCAGGUGGCGUUGUGUUGUACUUAAGUUGAACAUCCAUGUAUAUAACAGAGUAGAACCAUGAUAAUGAAAUAUAGUAAUGAAGCUUAACACAGAUAACCUCAUAUAUCCAUAAUGCUUACAUAAUGAACCCCUAUGUUGGAAAACGUCUGCCUCUCCCUGCUGUAGUGUCACUCACUCAAUGAGGCCUGGGAUGGCUGAGAGUGGUGAGCUUGGUAUUGCUUACUUGCUCCUGCCCCUCUGCUGUGUUAAUGAGGCAGGCGGAGCUUGUGCUGUGCGGCGCAUAGCCGGCGGAAUAGACCGGCGUCGGCCAUUGGAGGGAACGUGCCCCGUAAACCCCUCCCCCGUGAAGACUUGGCAUGUCGGCUACUGUUGCCGGUAAUGUUGCCCUCCGUGCCCAGGGGGGUUAACCCAUGGUCAGGUUGAAGUGGUAAGCCAUAGCAUAGACAGUGUAUUUAAUUUAUAGUACAGACGGUGUACCGAAGUACCCGUCUGUACUCACGGUAUAUGUAACCUUUGGUGCCGUGGAGCCGCAGCGGGGUAUACCGCAGACCUCCGUGGGAGUUUGUGGGAGGUCUGUGGUAUGUGCGGCAACCGUGAACCCGCGGCCGGGGACCAUGCUGUCGGGACAACAGUAGGAGAAAAUAAUCCCCAGUAAUCCCCCUCCCCUUUGCUUGCACCUGAUGCCGUGACUGGGGGCAAACUGCCGCAAGGGGACAAGCCUGCAUGCCUGCUGGUGAUGGCCGUGCUGGGGCACCGCAGACCUCCGUGACCUGGGACCGUGGGGGUCUGCAGUGCCCCAGUGUGGACCCUAGCGGGUCAGGCCAUGACCAAGCUGCAGACGGGUACAAUGAUACCCGUCUGCUCACUCACGUGUCUAGGAGGGAACACCAAUCGUGACGGGCGGCCGAGCGUAUGGUGGAGCGAGCAAACCGGUGAGCCGUCAGGAGAAGGCCAAACUGUCAGGAGGAGAGCUGCAACUGAAUCCAAAGAACAUCUGGACCUGCAGGUAAGUUAGGUAGGAGGGGGGAGUCCCUUUUAAAGGGACAUAGCCCCUCCCACAACUUCAGGCCCCGCCUUCCAAUAUAUGUUCAGCCCCCACGGUGAUCGGCUGCCUGAGAGCAGAGGCAGGCAUUGGGAUCACUGAGGCAGGCAGGCUGCUGGGGGCAGCCAGCUCAUUUUAUUGCAGAGGGAGGGAGAUUGGUGGCUGGUCCAUGGAGAGCCGUGGUAGAAAAGGUGGGCAGCUGACCGAGGGGAGCAGCUGGGUAAUGCGGAGCAGCUGGGUAAUGCAGAGCAGAGGGAGGCGGGCGGCUGACUUAGUGCCACGGCGAAGGAGCUGUAAUCUCCCUGCUCUGCUCCCUUGCGCAGCUUGCAGUGAUUCACGGAGCUGGGUUAUGAUGUCACUCUGGCCCCCGGCUCACUAAACAGUGCGUGAGAGGGAGCCGAGUAGGGAGGUGACAGCAGUGCUACUGGACCCCAGGGAAAGCAUAUUCUCUCCAACUCUCUUAAGGUAAAUUUAAAUAAAAGAUUAAUUACUUGUGUGUGUGUUUGUGAGUAUGUCUGUGAGUGUGUGUCUGUCGGAGUGUUGUCUGAGUGUCUGUCUUUGUGUCUGUCUGUGAGUGAAUCUGAGUCGGUCAGUAAGUGUGUGUGUGUGUGUGUUCCCUCCAAUCACAUGGGAAACAUCAGUAUGAUACACAUAUGUUAAUAGACAUAUGCAUACAUAAUACACAUUUGGAGAUUACACACGUAUAUAAAUGUAACAAGGGUUUUACAUUUUUCAAAGGGUUAUUCACUAAAUUUCUCAUUUUAGAAAGUGAAAAUCUAAAUUGCGUAAUUUAGACCAAAAUUUGAAAAAAGCGGAUUUGAAAAAUCCAAACUUCGCCAUAGUGACAGCUUGAAUAUUGUAGCCUAAUUUUUUGAAUUUAUUCACAAAAAUUAUUAGUUUAGUCGAUAACCCUGCCCUUCUCUCAGUCUUUCAUUCCCUGCUAUCAAACAAUAUCCAACGCAGAGUGCACUCAUAGGAUUGAGGACUAAACAAAAAAAGAUUAAUUUAAUUUAGACAUGCAGCAGCUAUCAGUCUAUGACUAUUCAAGUUUUGGGGAUGAAACGUUGGGUAAAUAAUUUUCAAUCUUUUGUGUUUUUCCACCUGUAUAUCUGUCACAGUUGGCACAAUUAAUGUUAGGGCUGGUGUAAAAAAAUUCCAGGGCUGCUUUUUAUUCCUAGUCCGGCCCUGCUUAUCUUCUUCUAUAAAUAUACAAAAUAAAUGUAAUUGCUAAUUCUGUUAGGAUAAUGCAUAGUUUCAAUUCUCCCCUUUGUUUUGUGUGCUAUGGCAGUUUACUUUCUGCAUACUACGAUUAAAGGAUUUAAUGAGUAUGUUGACUGAACUAGUGACCUUAUCUUAUGUUGUGGACAUUGUCAUGCAUGUGUGGUUACUUUCUUCUCUCACCUGUUCUUUACAAGGAACACUGGUUUCAUGUUCUGUGACCUCAGAUAGUAAUUGUUCUAAAAUCGCUUUAUGUGACUAUGUCCAGUGCGGUUUGCCUCAUUUUGUAACUGUGUUUUUGUUGUAGGAGACUUUAUUUUUUUUCUUUUCUUCCACGUUAAAUAAACCUGUAACUGUCUCUUCCCUGAUGGUGACCGUUCGCCGUUCCCUCGGGUAACAUUGUUGCAGCACUUAGUGGGUUGAGUAGUGCAGUGGAGGUGAGUGUAAAAUACACUUACCUACAAAGCUCUUUCAUUUCCAGGGUGACAUUAUCGUCUCCAGGAAAUCCCACGAGAGUUUUGAGUUUCUAAAAUGAAUUUUAAUUUUACACCUUUCAGAUACAUAUUGUUAAAGGGACACUAUUGUCACCAAAACAACUUUAGCUUAAUGAAGCAGUUUUGGUGUACAGAUCAUGUCCCUGCAGUCUUACUGCUCAGUUCUCUGCCAUUUAGGAGUUGAAUCACUUAGUUUAUAAACCCUAGUCAUACCUCCCUGCAUGUGACUUGCACAGCCUUCCAUAAACACUUCCUGUAAAGAGAGCCCUAUUUAGGCUUUCUUUAUUGCAAGUUCUGUUUAAUUUAGAUUUUCUUAUCCCCUGCUAUGUUAAUAGCUUGCUAGACCCCGCAAGAGCCUCCUGUAUAUGUGAUUAAAGGACCACUCUAGGCACCCAGACCACUUCAGCUUAAUGAAGUGGUCUGGGUGCCAGGUCCAGUUUCAGAGAAACUGCUAUGUUUAUAAAUAGGUUAAUACAGCCCUCAAAUCCUUUAGUGGAUGUCUCAUUGACAGCCGCUAGAGGCGCUUGCGUGAUUUUCACUGUGAAAAUCAGUGAGAGCACGCAAGCGUCCAUAGGAAAGCAUUGUAAAUGCUUUCCUAUGAGACCGGCUGAAGGCGCGCGCAGCUCUUGCCGCGCGUGCGCAUUCAGCCGAAUGGGAGGAGAGGAGGAGGAUCGGAGGCAGAGAGCUCCCCGCCCGGCGCUGGAAAAAGGUAAGUUUUAACCCCUUUCCUCUCCCCACAGCCCGGUGGGAGGGGGACCCUGAGGGUGGGGGCAGGACAACGAGUAUGUUUUCCUGGCACUCUAGUGGUUCUUUAAAGUUCAAUUUACAGAGAAAGAGAUACAGUUGUUUGUAAAUUACAUCUGAUUAAAAGUGAAACCAAAUUUUUUAAUACAGGCUGUGUCAAUCAGAGCCAGGGGAGGUGUGACAAGGGCUGCAUAAACAAACAACGUGAUUUAACUCCUAAAUGGCAGUGAAUUGAGCAGUGAAACAUGAGAAGCAUGAUCUACACGAAUAGCUGCUUAAUUAAGCAAAAGUUGUUUAGGUGACUAUAGUGUUCCUUUAAACAUAGUCGAUCCAUAAACAUAUUUAAGAUCCUGGAUAGUAACAGUCCUGCCUUCCAACAGGUAUGUGUGAGUGUGACUAGCUGUGUGUAUUCUUUCAGCUACAUUGAUGCAGGAUUUUUAUUUUCUCUUUUGCUGCCGGUUUAGCUGCUGAAGUGACCAUCUUUUUCCGUAUUUGAUCUUCUUCUGACAAGUUCAUCAGAAACCACUUUUAUCAUUCCGGCAAGUGUUACUUGGUAUUUCACUUAAAAAUAAUUGCUAUUGAUUUAUUUUAUUUUUGCGAUGCUUGCUAAAAGUUUUAAUAAAGUAUCUUGUGAAUUUGUUACGGAUCAGUUAAGGGCUGCGAAAUGGAAUGGUCAUGCUUGGUAAUGUCCGCGAUAUGUGGGGUUACAGACUUCUAAAAAAUGUUUCCAUUUUGGUUUAUUUUUUUAUUUAUUUAAGUAAGACACACGAAAAUCCUAUGUCUAAAGCAUAUUUGCCAAUCAUUCCUAGUCUGUUAGAGCAGUCAUGAGUUUGGGCCCCUAUGCCACCCUUUGCUAUUUUUUUUUUUUUGUGUGUUUUAUAACUGCAUUUCCUACUAAUAACAUUAUAUAACUUGACAAGUAAUUUGCAAGACAUCCAAAAUUUAUUAUUUACAUAGGCAGAUAUUAAUGUACCUUAGGAGUAAUUUACGGCUUAGUUGCUGUGAAAAUAUAGAUUAUUUAUUCAUACACGGCAAACAUUGGAGUUUCGCCAGUGGUAAGUGUGCCAUAGACUGGGGCGUAAUUUGACAUUUUCCUUUAAACUUGAAGCAGAUUUAAUUUGUUUGCUGGCUUACAUAAUAAAAGGUGUCGAGAGGUUUUUGGUUUUUUUUUUAAGUCUGUAUCUGCCUCAAUGCUGCAACCCUGCUGUGGCAAGCGUUACACUGAAUGAAUGUAAAUGGAACUCUGAGGUCAGAAGCUGUUUGAGAAUCAUUUUUGCAGAAAAUAGACCAGAUGAACACAGAGUUCUGAAUCUCUUUCUUGUACGAGGAGUUGUAGACAUCGGUCCAUUUGCAACUAAGAAAGGUAUGGAAGUGCAGGUAUAAAGGAAUAUUGUAAAUGUAUUGUAUAAAUAGAUAAGAAAAGUGAUAUGAACAAUCAAAGCAUUUAGCACUAGGUUUUAGUGAAGACCAAAAUACAUCAUUAGGAACUAGAUGUGCGUCAUAAACACUACAGCACUAUUUUAAUCCGUAAAAUUAAAUUAAAAUACAAAAAUCUCAACUAGGAUAACUAGUGUAAAAUGCACAAGCAGUCAUAAACACGUAAAUAAACCCGCAGCUACUUGGUAAUAUUGUCCUAACACUCCGGAAUGAUUAUCCAUCAAAGCGACGCACAAAAAUGAGAGUGAAAUAGCCCCAAAAUAAAAAUAUCUGAAUGCAGUAAGUCCAAAAAUACUAUGUCUGUGCGUGUUGAUAUUACAGCUGUGCGUCCCCAGAAAGCAUGUGGUUGUGGUGCUUGAAGCCUGUAAAGCUGCUGGUGAUGCCUGUAACAAAUGUCUGAGAAUCCAUAUUUUAUCAAAAACGACCAGGGGAAUUUACUCAAGGAGAAUAUUAAUCGUAGCUCUUCAGUGGGUUAACUGUUACAGGGAAAUUUACAAUAACAAUCAAUGUAUAAUUAAAGGACCACUAGGUGCUAUUACUCCUCCCUUAUCACAAUUGCCUUACUCAUACACCCGGCACAUCUUCAUAUUGAAGUCUGCAUGCAUUCAGUGGUAGAAUGACUAGGGACAAGUCCCCGCUAAUAGUGAGAGGAGUGACUUGUGAAUGCCAAAAGGAGGGCUCUUUAUUGGUAUUUAUAUAGCGCCAGCUUAUUCCACAGCGCUUUAUAAUAAAAGGGGAAUUUACCAAAUGAGACAAUAACAAAGUGUAACAGGAACAAUAGGUAGUUGAGGACCCUGUUCAAAUGAGCUUACAGGUGGGGUAUAAAAACCCAAUGUCUUUUUGCUAAGAGAGACAGCAAAAAGACAUGGUGGGAAAGUAGCAGAACUGGAGGUGAAAGGGCAGUGUGGCAUUUUUAGGAGAGAGCGAGAGGAAGGUUUGAGAGAUAGAAGUUACUCUUGGAGGCCAUAAGCAAUCCUGAAAAGAUGGGUUUUAAGGGACUUCUUAAAGGAUUGAAGACUAGGGGAGAGUCUGACAGGGGUAGGCAAGCUGUUCCAAAGGAAAGGAGGCACCCGUGAGAAGUCUUGCAGGCGUGAAUUUGCAUUAAGGGCGUGAUCACCAAACAGGAGAAGGUCACCAGUAGAGCGGAGAGACCGAGAGGGGGCAUACCUAUGAAUCAGUGAAGAAAUGUAAGAGGGGCUAGAGUUGGUUAGGGCUUUAUAGGUAAAGGUUAGUAUUUUAAAUUGACACCUUUAGGAUACAGGAAGCCAGUGUAAGGAUCGACAGAGGGUUGAGGUGUCAGAGGAGCGACAGGAGAGAAAGAUCAGCCUGGCAGCAGCAUUCAUCACAGAUUGUAGGGGGCAGUAUGGCUUCUGGGGAGACCAAUUAGGUAAGAAAGGGGCGUAUGCGGACAAUGUUUUUAAGGUGGAAUCGACAGGUCUUGACAACAGGUUGGACAUGAGGUGCAAAGGUGUAGCCAGGAUCAAAAAUGACACCAAGACAGGCUCCUACGCAGCACUGCAGCCUCAUGCAACACAAAGGAGCAUACUUCACACCCCACGCCUGUAGUACCACGAUGAGCGCAACACACACCAAUCACUAGACUGCAGAAAUCUAGCUAGCCCCGGGUUUGUACCCAAACAUGGUCAAAAUAAAAUAAGUGCUUGCCAAACACAUUGCACUGUAUAUCUUGACACUAACCCCAAAUGCUAAGGGAAUACUCGCUACCGCCGAAUACUUGCAAACUAACGAUCUCAUGAAAUGCUGAAUGUAACUCUCAUAUACAACUGAGCAUAGAAAAAUUAAAGAAUUAAAAAAAUAAAUAAUAAAAAACAUAAUAAUAAUUAAAAAAAAUGACACCAAGACAGCGAACUUGAAAGGAUGGGGUGAGGCAGGUACCAUCAACUUGCAGGGAGAGUGAAGGAGGAGGAUCAUUGUUAUGAGGAGGACAGAUAAGAAACUGCAUUUUAGAGAGAUUGAAUUUCAGAAAACGGGACGACAUCCAGUCAGAGAUAGAAGAAAGGCAAUUCGUGAUAUGUUGCAAGACAGCAGAGGAGAGGUCACGGGAGGAGAGGUAUAUCUGGGUGUCGUCAGCGUCCGGUGGUAGUGGAAUCCAACUGAAUUAAUGAGUUUGCCAAGAGAGGCAGUAUAGAGAGAGAGAACAAAAGGGGACCAAGAACUGAACCUUGAGGGACUCUGACUGAGACAGGACAGGGAGAGGAGGUGUCAUUGGAAAAUGAGACCCUGAAAGAGCGUUAGGAGAGAGAGGAGGAGAAUUUAUUAGUAAUACAAACACUUAUGCAUGGAGUGGUAUAGUGAAUGAACUGUUCUAUGCUUUUUCUGUUUCUGCUGUGCCCACGUAACUAUUGUUGGUGUUCGUUUUAUGGUAAAAGUGUAUUCAGACAUGGUGCCAACACUGCUAGGCAUUACUGUUGUGUUUAUUCUUCGAAAUGUAGUACUGCCUUUUGCAUUUAGCCAAUAUUUUGGUUUAUGCACUUUCAUGAAUAAAACUGCCAAGUGUUGUAUGCAGUGUACAGAGGUCAAAAUAUUCAUUAGCAUUUGGCAAAAGAAAAGUUAACCAUGCUGGGUAUCCCAUGGACUAUCCAGGCUUGCAGUAAUGGGUGACUUUCAAGGCCUUGCUAGUAGUCUGACUUGGAAAUCUAAGCCUGGAUGUAUACAUCUCUAAGACUCCUGAUUUGUAACAGUUUAUGGAAUCUGCAUGCAAAUUCCAUACUGGGUACAAUGGUAAGGGCAGUGUUGUCCUAUAAAUCUAGAUGGCCUCCUGAUUUCUGGAGAAAAUGCAGGUUUGCAGCUAACAAGGGAAAGUCAGAUCUUCACACUGCGUUCUGAAUAAAGGCUGAUACAAGCCUUAAAUGUCUCUCUUUACUGAAUUAUUUUGAAGUUGUUGGUUGAUCUACUGGAACCUAUAUCUGUUUAGGUAAAACACCAAUUUUUUAUCUAAAAUAUCAGUAAUGUGAUAUCUGUUCCCAGAUAAAUCAGACCAGUAAAAGUGAAAAUGUCCGUAGCUUUCACUAGCUUUUGGGCAAAAUUUUUGCAGAGAUGUGGUUUUGAAGGUACAUCUUUCUGUUGCUAAAGAACCACAAUUAUUCCACAACAAAUAGACAUGGCAAUGUGUGAUACUUCAAUCCUUUACAAUUGCUUUUCCUUUCUUUUUUUGCCUGGUAUUUAUUAUUUUGUAUGGUAAUAUUUUAGAUUUCCAUUCUGUAUGGUUGGGAUUAUCGUACUGUGCAAUUAUUUGUUAUAAUGAAUGGGGAAUAAUACACAGGUCACCUCCGUACAGUCUGGGAGUCCUAGUCUCCGGCAGACCAGCAUAUGUAUUUGUGACUAUAACGUGUGUGUUUGUGUAUAUAUGGGCAUUGUUUGUUGUUAGUAAAGUAUGUGUGUAGACCAAUUAUAGUGUAACGUUUGAGAAAUACUGGAUGAUAUUUUAAGAAAUAAUACUGAAAGGAUGUGUGCUUUCCAAAUGAGGUAAUGGCUGACUGAGUGGAAAGUAUCUUAAAGAAUAUAGUUUUUGUAUUUUUUUUUUUUGUUUUGUGUUGUUCCUCCUUGCGGUUUCCACACUAACCACCCAUAAAUCCUCUGCACUCAGAGCCUUAGCUGCCAACACAUAAAUAUUCUCAUACCAACUUUCUUUCAGAAAAACCUUACAUUUCAGUGUUUGUUUUUGUUCGGGGGCUGAAAGACACAUUUUCUGACCACCCUCCCCCCCCCAAAAAAAACCAAAGUACAGAAUCCUCUGUGCAAAAACUGAAAUGCUUUAUUUUCAUAACUGAUCUGCUUGCACGUGUCUUUGAUUCAGUGAACAUGACAGGGAUUUCAGCCUUGGCCAGUGGUCUGCACAGUCCUGCAGUGGGAAAGUUUGCGGGCACAAUGGAUUUAGUGGUUCAUAGAAUAAAGUCGUGACUGAAAAAUCUGUAGAAACCAUGUGAUGCUGUUGAGUCAGUUCAGACCAGAAUCCAUUAAUAUUUCUAUUAAAUUAUUGAAUUUAGUCUAUUACAGUUUUUGAGCUGAAGAGGCGUCCAAGCUUGUCUGCCAUCUACAGGUCCCCUUGGUGUUUUAAACGCUUGCCUUUUCCAUAGUUGAUUAAAGCAUCAAGAAGGAAGACCAUCCUCCCAUCCCUAAACCACUGUCUUUCCCCGAUAACAAGACAAGGUCUUAUAUUAAUUUUCCCCCCAAAAAAAUGCACUAGGGCUUUUUUUCGGGGGAUGUCUUAUUUCAUUGGAAAACGGUAGCAAGCAUGUGCUCGAAAGCAAGUCCCCCGAACAUAGGCCAAAUCACUAGGACAUGGAAUCCUGCAAAUCUAUGAUUGGAGAAACUUUCCCGAACCUAAAUUUGUUUACUCGCAAAUGGAAUCCCACAAAUCUGUGUUCAGGGAAAAUUCCCUGAACAUAUAUUAAUGAAUUGGCGACUAGGGCUUAUUUUCAGGGUAGAGCUUCUAUUACAAGCAUCCCCCGAAAAUGUUCAGUUAAGAAGGGUAUUAACAGUACACAUCACUCAUGUGGCUGUCCACAUUCUCAUCUUCAGCAUUUGCUGGUGUCACAAUGUUGCAGUGAAAUGUGGAGCAAGCUUAAUUUAGCUGAUUUCUGUUGGUGUCCUUCAUACCAGGAUACCUUAUUUAUAUAAAUUAGCACUCACACAAUUACAUGUUGCCAUAAGUAGUGAAAUAAAAACAAAUUGAAUGAAAAUAAAGUACAUUCAGACAUAAAACCCACUCAUGCAAGCUGUGUUUGUGUCUGCAUGUAGGUGUACAGAUUGGAUGGGCAGCUGGACCUGAGAGCAUUUUGUUUUCAUUUGUACGCGUUCUAUUCUUUCCAUCACUUUUAUCUGCGUGAUAGACCCAUUAUAUGCAUAUACUGACCAGACUACCCUUUUUUAAUUAACGCAUUCUAAACAGAUCACCCUCAACAUUGAAACCACUGACAAGUGCCGUGAAUAAUAUUGAUUAUGUUGUUACAAUGGUACAAGUGAAUAGUCAGUUCUUGAAUUCCAUGUGUUGGAAACAGGAAAAAUGGGCACGCGAAAACAUCUGAAUGACUUUGACAAGAGCCAAAUAGUGAUGGCAAGACAACUGGGUCAGAGCAUCUCAGAAAUAGCCAGUCUUGUGGGGUGCCCCUGAUAUGCAGUGAUUAGUAUGUACCAAAAGUGAUGGAAGGAUGGACAACUGGUGAACUGGCGUCAGGAUCAUGAGCUCCCAAGGCUCAUUAAUGCAUGUGGGGAGUAAAGGCUAACCAGUCUGGUCUGAUCACAUAGAAGAGCUACUGUACUGAAAAACGUAAUGGUGUCAGAACACACAGUGCAUCGUAGUUUGCUGCGUAAACGACUGUGUAGCAGCAGACUGGUCAGAAUGCCCAUUGUGACCCCUGUCCACUGCUGAAAGCACCUUAAAUGGGGAUGUGAGCAUCACAACUGGAGCAAUGGAACAUAGUUGCGUGGCCUGAUGAAUCACAUUUUAUUUUAGAUCAGGUGGAUGGCCCGGUGCGUGUGAUUCAUUUACCUGGAGAAGAGAUGGCAGUAGUAUGGCAGAUGUCAAGCUGGCAGAGGCGGUGUUAUGCUCUGGGCAAUGUUCUGCUGGGAAACCAUGCCUUCUGGCAUUCUUGUACAUGUUUCUUUGGCAUGUGCCACUUGCCUAGAGAUUGCUGUGUAAGUGCCACAUCCCCAUGAAACAUGCGUUUCCUGAUGGCAGUGGCCUCUUUCAGCAGUAUAAUGCACCCUGUGACACUUUCCACGAGUGGUAUUACUUGCCUACCGUGGAUACCUAUUGUGAAGUAUAUGUUAUUGUAUAUUUCACCUUCUAAUUCAUAACACCAGGUGUCGUAUAUGUUUGGUAGUGUUUGCCGUUACACGUUUUCUAUUGUAUUCAUUAAACUAAGAUUUAUGAAGAAUAAUUGACUAAGGAACUGCAAAAUAUAGGACCAAAUGGCUAGUCCGCUAUUUUUCAAUUCUGCUGGUGACUUUACUUAGUAGGCUCCUAUAGACUGUAAGCUCGUGUGAGCAGGGUCCUCUUCAACCUAUCGUUCCUGUAAAUUUUCUUGUAAUUGUCCUAUUUAUAGUUAAAUCCCCCCCCACUCUUAUAAUAUUGUAAAGUGCUACGGAAUCUGUUGGCGCUCCAUAAAUGGCAAUAAUAUUAAUAAUAAUAAUAAUAAUAAUAAUAAUAGACUGUCUUUAGGCAAACCAAGACCGCUGUGUUUUUCUCUUUAUACUGAACACAGCACUUCAUGUUACAGGCCAGAUGUGCAUGCAAAAUCCUACCGAACUACUGAUCUUGGUCAAGAAUAUCAGUUUCUUAGCCAUAUUUUUGCAUUGACUGUUCGGUAAGCAUAUUGAAAGUACAGUAAUGUCCCAUGUACAGGAAAUUAUAGCACAUUUCUCUGGUGACAUGCUAUAAUUAAAUGUAAUUAGUACAAAGUGGCAUCCAGAAAGAGACAGAGCAGGAUCCUCUUCUUUUCCCCCCCUCCCCGAACCCCCACCACCACCAACAACACAUGAGAUGUCUUCUCCCAUAUCAUGGAAUAGGUUAGAAUCUGAAGACAAUGCAACAUGGUCCAUAUCACAGGGUGUAUUUAAUACAUGGCAAACAAUAAUGAAAAUAAAACUGCCAACUUUAAGCUAUUUUAACCAACCUGUUGCUCAAUCAGGAUUGGAGGAUUCGAUUUUCUGUUCACAAUAUUCAUUAUUUUGUGAAUAUUCCUUUUGUCUCAUCUAUUUUGUUUUGCAGUUUCCAUAAGGUGAGCGAGAGGGUGUGUGUUUUGUGUGUGAUAGAUAUUGCACACAUUGACAAAUCAAACUUAAAAGUGCAAUUUUGUUACUGUUACAUGCAUUUGUUGAACUAUGUUUAAUGCUAAAAAUGUUGAGACUCUUUUCAUAGAAAAUUUCCUAAGGAAAAUGUUCCAAUUCUGCCUGUUCUGUGCAUUGAAACAUUAGAAAAUGAAACGAAAGUAACACAUAAAAUCGAGUUGCUUUAUACACCCCCAAAGGGACCAUAAAAAUAAAAAAUACAGCUAUUUCUGCAUCCAAAAUACAGGCUCCAUCUCAUGGUAGAUGAAAUCCUUGGACAGCAAAAGUCUACGCAUUUCGUACUAAGGGGGCAAAUAAAGCCAUUUGAUUUUAUGUAUGACUCAGUUUUUGUUUUUUUAAUGUUUGUAAUAAUUCUGAUAUUGACUGUACCUUGGAGCCUGAAGGCAGUGAGUACAUGGGCUGCUUUACAUACACGGGACUGUUAUUAUAUGAAACCUAUAUCUGCUCAGAAAGGGGGUGGAUUAGUUGUGUUGAGUUUCUUUAUAACAAUCUGUUUUUACCUUUACAGAGUAAUUUGAACAUUUGAGCAAUCAAUCUGAAAACAUGAGGAUAACCGGUAUGUUUCCAAAUCUCAUAUAUAUAUAUAUAUAUAUAUAUAUAUAUAUAUAUAUAUAUGUAUCCUCUUUACAUUUUCAUAAAACAAUGGUCUGCAUUCUCACUGGAUUUAGAAGACUUAAUCUGAUUUUGUCCACUACUGAGAGGCACAAUUGUGGGCAAUGUUAUAAGAAAAUGGAUAUGUUAAAGGAAUGGUUUAGGGACCCACCUAAAAUGCAAUGGUUAGGUUACAUUUGAUUAUGCUGAGUAUUUUUUAAAUUCUGCUCCCAACCUGCAGGGUUCUUUAAAAAUACUGUUAUAGAGUAUGUCAUAUGUUAAGCUGAUAGUUUCCAGCAAUAGACAAUUUAAAGUGGAUAUAGCCAAUUCUUCUCAGUGAAAAAAAUAAUAGUUAAAUAGAUAAAAGUUAGCAUGUGCAAAAUAGUGGGUUUUAUUAUUAUGCUGAGACUGUGAGGAGAGCAAAAAAGUUAUAAAAAUAAUAAAUGGCAGUUUUUGCAAGCUUUGAGGUUAUAUCAUAGUAGUGGUAAUAGGUGACAUGUGCCAUUAACCUGUUUUAUCUAAAGCAUUGAUAUGUGUUCCAUUCAGUGUGUUCAAGGUGGGUGAUUUUAGGUAUACUUUACGUGUGUAUUUUUUGAGGUAUCAAAUUUGCCCAGUUAUUAGGUUAACAGUGAUUAUUUAAUUUAAAGUAAAUGAAGUACAAACAGGAAGUUCUGUAUAAGAUUUAUCCAAAAACAAGUUGCCAAAUUUGACGAGCUGUGUAAAAAUUUAACUUUUUUGAGUUGUAGGCUAACCUUCUUCUUACCUGUGAUCCGCUAGUUGCUGCCUCUCUCCGCCACUAAUUGGGAAGUUCCAGAGCGCUAAGAUACAGGGCUCAUUUUGUUUCACUGGUAAUGGGGAAACUUGUGGUUUCAAAUUAUUAAACUGGUGUGUUUUUAAAAGAACACUAUAUAGUGCUGGAAUGCAGAAUUGGGUCACUGGCUCCCUUCUCUCUGGAGAUUAAGGUGACUUUGCUAGCCUUUCUCCCACGUCAAUCCAGUCUUGCAGCAGCUGGUCCCACCUCCAUAGAUGGGAUCAUCAGUUUUGAUUACCUCUGCAACCCAAUACUUUUUCAUAGGAAAGCAUUGGGAGGCUAUUGCACAUGCGUGGCAAAAUGCUGCACUGCUCCAUUCAGCAUCUCCUUGAAUCAAUGCAUCUCUAUGGGGGAACGUUCAGCGCCUCCAUGCAGAGCAUGGAGAUGCUGAACAUCAGUGCAGCACUGACCCAGGAAGCACCUCUAGUUGCCAUCUGCCACUGGAAGUGUUACUAGGCAGUAAUGUAAACACUGUAUUUUCUCUAAAAAAAGCAGUAUUUACAGUGCUCAGCCUGCAGGGACAUGCUACAGACCCCAAAACCUUAAUGUAGCUCUUCUGGUUACUAUAGUGUCCAUUAAGGUCAUGUCAACAUCUCAACUGCAGUUAAUGUACAAAUAAUUAUCUAACAAUAGAUUGUGAUUGAGGCCAUAAUGCUCCUGACUUUUUUUUUAUUUUAGGUGCAAUUAAGUUUGUUGUGGCUCUUGCAGUAUUUUUGGUGGCGUUUUAUGUCAUAUCACAAGUUUUUGAAGUAAAGAUGGAUUCAAGUCUCAGCAACAUUUUUGGUGAGAAAACAGAGAUCCCUACCAUCUAUUUAUUUCAUCUCUCUUUAGUAUUUACAUUCUUACUGCUUUCAACCUUUUUUUUUUUUUUUCACCAGUGAUACAUUUUUUUUGUACCAGUGUAGCAAGGUGACUGUGUCCAAUAUUUUGUUUGUCAACAGUAAAUUGUAAUAUGUAAAAUGUUAGUGAAUUGUUAUGCACAAAAGCACGAUCUUAUGGUUUUCCUCCGUAAUUUGCUCCAGUAUUUGUUUUAUAGAGGAAAACAUCCCCCAGAUCUAAUAAUCAUUCAUUAUUAUGAUGGAUAUUCCCUUAAUCUGGGGUAGGCAACCUGCAGCACACCAGGUGUUGCAGACUACAUCUUCCAUGAUACUUUGCCAGUAUUAAGACUGUAAGAGUACUAUAGGAAAUGUAGUCCACAGCAUCUGGUGUGCCAAAGGUUGUCUACCCUGCCCUAAACCAUGAAUUUCCAGGAACUGACCAGAAACCGUUCAUGAUGAUUGUGCACUGAAAAUUCAGGGGAAGGAAAAAUGUUUCCUGUCUCAUGCAUAGAUUCCUAAUAAAAUAUAAAUCUCUCCCCCCACACCCUGAUUCCUCUCCUGAAACUGUCAUCAAAACAAAACACUAAGCCCUUAAUGAAUACUAUCCUAGCAACCUAAUUUUCUACCCUACCCUUACCUUUUUGUGUCAUUAUACCCCACUCCCUCUAGCAUGGAAGCUCAUUGAGCAGGGCCGUCAAACUUGUAUGGUUACAAAUACGUAUCUGUUAUUCCACCCAUUGUACAGCGCUACAGAACUUGUUGGCGCUUUUUAAAAUAAUAACAAUAAAUCAGUGGCAAAUUUAGUCAGUGAGUGUAUGACCCAGUCACUUCUAUUUUCUGUUCAUAAAGGUGCUAUAAUGUGUUUGCUUAUCCUUUUUGUCUUUUUUUUUUUCCCCACAAUGGUUUAGUUGCAAUAGAUGGCCACUGAAUCAUGGGAGUUGUAGUUCAGAAACAUCUAAAGGGCGUAGGGUUUGAGAUGCCUGAAUUGCUAAAUUACAAACUGGUUCAAACUCCUGUUUACAUUGUAUUACGUGUAUGAUCUUGUUCUAUUAGGUAUUUUAAUAAUUGGUUUUUUUUUUUUUUUUUCUUAUAGGCCGGUCAGCAGUGGAGACUGCAGUCCAUCCCGGUAAGUAUAUGAGAAGUAUGAAUUUUCCUUCAAAAGGUUCUAUUGCAAACUGAAUUUGAAUACGUGUGCUAAUUCGUUCUACUCGUGUCAUCACUUACAAGUGUUCUAUUACGGGUUUGCAGGCAGAAUAUUAAGUGGAGCGGUGCAGUUGUAUAUCAGGAAAUAUUUGUGUGACCGUUUUGAAAGGAUACGUGGGUGACAAGUCACAGCAAUCACAUGAUCGUAGUUAUGAAACAUUUUUAUAUAAACUGAGAAACAAGAGAGAAACCAUUGGCAUUUUGAGGAUGCAGCUGACAAGACUUCCUCCACGUCUGUGUUGCAAAAUCACCAUAAAUGGACCCUAUUUUUUUUUAUUUUUUUUAUUUUGCAUACAACAUUUAAUUGUUAGGGAAUUAGCUGAAAAUAUUAUAACUGAGUCUGCUGUAUUACGUCAGAAUGUGUCAUUAUUAGUAUCUACCUCCCCUCGAUGCUUGGAUGUCAUUCUCCCAGCCUUAUUGUAUUUGCUGCAUAAAGCAUUUAAUUAAAUAAAAGAUUCUGUGUUCUGUGCAGAACUAUUGUCUUUGUUCAGUUAUGCUUGUUGCCCUUUCAGGACAGCACCUUGUGGCUGCAAUAAUUGUUUUUUACUAGAACCUGUGAAUUGUUAGAGCUUUGCAGGGUAUGUACAAAGAGAAGUCAUUGCUUGGGUUCACAGAGGCCAUCUGCCUUAUCGUAGAUUCAAAGUGGCUUUCUAAUUAUCAAGACUAGAUUUCAGGCUGUACGUAUGGGUAUAGCCUCCAAUGCUAACCUAUUACAUUGUAAUAGGUCCUUAUAGAUUAAGUGUUAAUUAUAGUCUUCUCUUUGGUUGCAAUGCUUUCUUGUCUAGUUGGAUUCAGUUCUUCUGCAUGUUGGAUGCUCGGGCUGAGACUCUCAGGAUAAAAUCUGCCUGAAACUUGUUUUCUCCCUUUUUUUUUUAAAUUUAUUUUUUUAACGUACUUUGUGUUUCCAAAAUUGAUUUUGAACAAAUGACUUUUCAGAGUUGCCUCAGGUGUUCUUUAAUACAUUUUUUCUGUUUGCAGUUACUAAAGCUCCAAAGUACAAAUGUGGGAUUUCAAAGAUAUGUCCAGAUAAGCACUUUGCCUUUAAGAUGGCAAGUGGAGCCGCUAACGUGGUUGGACCAAAGAUCUGUGUGAACGACAAUGUGUACGUAUUUUAUCUCUCAUUGCAUUUCAGUUUAACAGUUGCAUUAUUUUCUUUGCUAUGCUUAUUUCCACAUAUUAUUUCUUUUAGCAUUUUACAGCAGAGUGAUUUAUUCUUAAGGAACACUUAUCCCUGAAAGUAUAGUGUGUAACUUUUUAGGCUCUUCCGGAUUGCUUAGGAAAGGGUAGGGUCCGCCCCUGGCACGUCACUGGCAAGCCACCUCCAGUCCUAACACUCUCAGUCCCACUUUUAUGCUUCACAUUGUUGACUGCAUAGUUUAAAGAUGUCGCGAUUAUGACGUACAACCAAUCAAUUUGUUUUCCUUUUUAUCCCCGUUUAGUCUGGCGUUUACCAUGUUGACCAUGUAGCGUACAAACGUGAUCGACACUAAAAAUGUUGGAUCGUUGCUGCUCACUUUGGCUGAAUAAACCACAUACUUUAUGUGCAGAGUGCUCAGGAUUCUUUUUACGUUUUUACUAUUUAUGUGGUCCUGUUGAACAGGGAUCCUUCCUUCAUGAACAGUCCAAAAAUAUUUGGAUUGCUAGAUGAGUACUUUAUGUUCGUAACAAGUUAUUUGUACAUUGUGUUCACACAGCAAGACUGGUUAUGCUCAUGCAAUCAUGCAGACAUUUGUGUAGAUUGUAAAGCCUAGCAUUUUAUUUGCUAUUAGAAAACACCAAGUAUUAGUCUAGUUUAAACCGAGAACCUUUUGGGAAGGGGCCUUUCUAAGUAUUGUGGCUUCAUGGAAAAGGCAAGCUGUGGCGCCACUUAGUGGUAUAUAUUGUAACUUUGCUAUUCAAGUCUGCCAGUAUAUUCUCUACAUGAUUUUAAGUGCAUUUCCUGAAUCCAUAAGCCUGUAUGUUGGCUUCCCUAUACCAAGGGCUGAAUUUUUUUUUUCCUAAUGGUUGCAGCCAUAUAUAAAACAGACCAUACUAAGACAAUGCAUUGUGCGUAAUCAUCACAUCAUCCAUUUUUUAGGGUUGCAGCCUCUUUGCUAAUCCUACUGAAAGAGAAACAUGUAUCCCAUUUGAAACCUUUUAUCUUUGAAUUUCCCAUUUAGCAAGUAUUUCUCUCUUAAAUUAUGAAUUUUAGCUCAACUAACUGAAAUCUUCUAUAUAUUUUUUUUUUCUCCUUGCAGUUUAAUGAGUGGAGUGAAGAACAAUGUGGGACGUGGUAUUAACACUGCUUUAGUAAAUGGUACGUUAAAAUGGCUAAUUAGAAGACCUUUGAAUAGACAAUCUAAUUAAAGCACAUUUUGGCUUUGUAGUUUUCAUAAUGUUUGCAUGGUGUUUAUUUAUUUCUCAAUAUUCUGAAAGUAUCCUGUGUGGAAUGAAGUGUAUAGAAUUCUAAAACCAUCUUAUUGACUGUUUACUAUUUUUUUUUAUUUGACUGGGAUGCUGAAAACUGCAGACCAAGAUGUUUGACAUGGAGCUUUGUUGACAUUAUUGGCCUAACCUUUGGAGUUCCCUACUGUUAUCAACUGUUAAUUAUGCUGUUUGUCGUAUAUCAGCAGAGUGUAAUUGUUAGCGUUAUAUAUUUACGUGGCUUUCUAAUUGGAACAAAGAUGUACGGAACCUUUAGACAGCAUUGCUUGUCUCCCAUGAUUAUGCUGCUUGCAUUCACGUUUUUACAUUUAGUUCUAUGACCAUCUUGCUGUAGAUGGAGGACAUGCUAUGGCUAGGUUUGCAUAUGCAGACAUCACUAGAACUCAUUUCCCUUUGUCACACUUAAAGGACCACUCUAGGCACCCAGACCACUUAAGCUUAAUGAAGUGAUCUGGGUGCCAGGUCCCUCUAGGAUUAACCCUUUUUUUUAUAUAAACAUAGCAGUUUCAGAGAAACUGCUAUGUUUAUAAUAGGGUUAAUCCAGCCUCUAAAGCCUCUAGUGGCUGUCUCAUUGACAGCCGCUAGAGGCGUUUGCGUGCUUCUCACUAUGAAAAUCACAGUGAGAAGACGCCAGCGUCCAUAGGAAAGCAUUAUGAAUGCUUUCCUAUGAGACAGGCUGAAUGCGCGCGCAGCUCCUGCUGCGCAUGCGCAUUCAGCCGAAGAGGAGGAUCGGAGGCGGAGAGGAGAGCUCCCCGCCCAGCGCUGGAAAAAAGGUAAGUGUAACCCCUUUCCUUGCCAUCCAGCCCGGCGGGAGUGGGACCAUGAGGGUGGGGGCACCCUCAGGGCACUAUAGUGCCAGGAAAACAAGUAUAUUUUCCUGGCACUAUAGCGGUCCUUUAAGCUUAUUUACUAAAAAGAGAUUUGUCGGGCAUUCAAAUUGAAUUUGAGAUUUAAGACCACAGUAUACGAACUGCAAGCAUCGUGGACUAGGAUAAUCUUUUAAAAUUUUGACUAACUUGAAUUUAGAAUUAAAAUGUAUUUUAAAUUCCAGGCAAUUUUCACUUUAGUGAAUAAUCCUUUGCCAGUGAAAUCCAUAUAAAUUUGUGUUUGCUUCAUUAAGAUGUAACAUUCCUCAGCAUUUAAGAGUUGUUGUAACCCAAAAUAAAUAUUGUUUAAAUGGAAUUGUUUCACUGAACAUUUACAAUUCAAUUAACGAUUUCAUAUUCAGUCCACCGUUGAUGAUAAUGUUGCAUACUUUGUGCUCCUGUAUAGUGAUGUCCAGAACGGUUCGCCGCGAACGGUCCGCGCGGACUCCAGUCAUCUGACACAUUCCAGCCAAUCAGCAGCAGACCCUCCCUCCCAUACCCUCCCACCUCCUGGACAGCUCACUAAGAAUGCAGCUUCAAAAUGGAUGCUGUCCAGGAGGUGGGAGGGAGGGUCUGCUGCUGAUUGGCUGGAAUGUGUCAGCUGACUGGAGUCCGCGGUGAACCGUUCGUGGCGAACUGUUCGCGAACCGUUCGGCGAACAGUUAGGGACAUCACUACUCCUGUAUGUUGAAAACGUAAAAAUAAUUAAAUUAAACUAUGUAUCUUUUCCAGGAAAAACAGGUGCACUAAUUGAUACAAAAUUUUAUGAUCUAUGGGGAGGAGGUAAGAAUGCUUUGUGUGUGUUUGUUUAUUUUUUUUUUCAACAUUUUAACAGUCUCAAAAUAUUUGUAGUUUGGAAUGCAAAAAAAUUGAUAUGUAAACCAUUUUAUUUUCAUAUAUGAGAAUGUUCUAGACUUGGGUACCAUCUAGAUUUUCCAUUUGUCCAAAUACACUUCGGCCUUUUGUUACUGAAUAAAUUCGGAUGUUUUCGUUUCAGAAUUUCAUUUAGACAAAUGAAAUUCUGAUCCGUGCCAUGAUCCACAACUGAAUCUUGCAUCCAUUUAGUAGAUAUCUCCCUAAUUUUGUAGCUUUGUGGUAUUGCCAUAUUUAAGGGUACCGCAUUAGAGAGCUGUUUAGCAGAAAUUAGAGAGAUCUUUAGUAGAUAGCUCUUUUUUUUUUUUUUUAAAUUCUUUAUUUUUACUCAAUAGAAUCAGCAAGUGUACAUCAACUUUCAGGCUUACGCAGAAGCCAACAUGUUCAGCAUUUUGGGAUCAUUGCAAAGUUUGCCAAGAAAAUAAAACACAAAAAGCAAACAACAAAAACAAAACAAAACAAUGUGUGCUCCGUCAUUUACUGAAUCCACUGGCACCUGCCGUCUAUCGAGGUGUUUUUAAAUUUUUUAAUUACCCCCUUCUAGGAUAUACAUCAAUGAUCAGGCAAUUCGACAGUUAUACGGUCACUUUCGGGCUAAUAUAGAGGCCUAUUAAAUUACAAUUUAAUAUAAGAGAAAGGUAGUCGUUGUGGUUAUCGUUUGCCUGUAAUUGUAACUUAGUUUUGGCUCUCUCCGUUUGUCGGGGAAACUUAUGGUAGGUAAAGGUACAGGCUAAUCUGCAAAAGUUAAGUAGCCAUCAUAUAUGCUGAUCAACUUCCUAAGUGUGUUACCUUGUUCCUCCAAUCAUUUGAUCUAGCCUGAAAAAACAAAUCACAUGAAACGAUGAAAUAAGAGAGAAAAAGGAAGAAAAAGAGGAAGUAAAAAGGUUUAGAGAGAAAAUGAGAAGUGCCUAGUCCAGGCUGAAAAGGAAAAAGAGGGGACUGGGGGGGAAACGGCGGGCCUACCAUCUCUCCGCUGGCAGCAGCACCCUAUCCGGUGGUAUAUCGUUGUGGUCAGCACCCGCUGGGGUAUGCCUUCAAUCUCCACUCGAUCCAAAUACGCUAUUGUCCCAUGGUUCCCAGAGUUUUUGGAAUGUUACGGCGGUCCCUCUCACCCUUGCUGUCAAAUCAUCCAUAAUUCUACAUUCUUUAAUUCUGGAGAUAACCUCUGCGAAAUCCGGGCCCUCUGAAGUGAGCCAUGCUGUCGCUAUCGCUCGACGCGCACACAAAGUAAUCUUGUGUACUAAUUUCUGUUCCCGAGCGGUCCAUCCGUCCACAGAUCUAUUUAAUAAGUAGGUCCAGGGGUCUAUCCUCAGAGGCUUAUCAAAUAUCUGCUUCAAUAAAUCUUCCACAGACUUCCAGAAUCCGCGUAUCUUUGAGCAUUGCCACCACAUGUGUAAAUACGUCCCUUGGUCUCCGCAACCCCUCCAGCAAUCAUCCGUGUCUAGUUUGUGCAUCCUAUGUAAUUGAAUUGGGGUGGUAUACCAUCGGAACAUAGUUUUCCACGCCUGUUCCUGUAGGGUGACACACAUUGAAACCUUAGCAUUUGCCUCCCAAAUCUCUCGCCACUCCAUCCCCUCCAAGGUAUCACCGAGGUCAUUCUCCCAUUGGACAGUAUACGUUAGUCUUCCCCAUUCUCCAUUUUCUUCACUGAGGUGUGCGUACAAUAAUGUGAUCAGCCCCUUGGGGGUUACCCCGUCCGAACAUAUUCUCUCGUAGAAGGUGUGAGUCUCCAUUGCAGCCUUUUUAAUGGUUGGUUUUUGGGCAAAGUCUCGUAUUUGGAUGUACCGGAAAAAAUCCGCUGGAGUCAUUUGAUUACCCAAUUGAAGGUCCGCAAACUGAACGAUCUCUCCAUUAUGAAACAGCUGAUGCAACCGUUGCAAUCCAGCACGUUCGAUGUUGCGGAAGUGCCUGGGGGUCAUACCAGGGGGGAAUUCUCUGUUCCUAAGAAGUGGGGUCAUAGGGGAAAGGGAUGAUGCCAGCUUAUAUUUGGUGUUACACAUGUCCCAUAUGCGUAUCGAAUUGAGAAUCGCUGGGCAUGUUAUCCGUAUUUCCGGUCUGUAUUCUCUGGGGACCCACAUUGUGAACUGGGGGACGUCCACCCCCACCAUCAUAGAUUCUAUAUCCACCCACCGCCUCUCCUCAGGAGCGGAGUGCCAGAUGGCUAUCUGCGUUAGUUGUGCCGCUAGGUAAUAAAAGAAGAGGGAUAGCUCUUUUUUGAUAUCCUUAUGGCAAUCUUAGAAGGAUUAGAGAGCUGUCAACUAAAAUCUGAAAUGCCAAAAUUAUGAAAAGCUUUUCCUUUUCUUAAUAUUUGUCUUUUAGACAACUUUACAAAUACUAAGUAAAUAAUAAAGCACUCCACCAGUCUGGAGUAGUCUCAUAGAGACACUUUAAAUCAGUUUUAUUUCUUUUGUUUAGUUUUUUUCUGAAAAUCAUGUAGAAAAAGUGGGUAAGAAAACACUGGUAUAGAAGAAAUAUUCAAAUGGGGAAAGGAGAGUUUAGAAACUGGAAAAAAAACUGCCAAUGUUCAGUCGAGCUAAAACAUUAAAGGACUGUUAAUGGCAGGAUGUGAAUAUGCAGUCCUAACCUCAACAUCUGAGGAAAGGGAUUUAGGGGUGAUUAUUUCUGAUGACUUAAAGGUAGGCAGCCAAUGUAAUAGAGCAGCAGGAAAUGCUAGUAGAAUGCUUGGUUGUAUAGGGAGAGGUAUUAGCAGUAGAAAGAGGGAAGUGCUCAUGCCAUUGUACAGAACACUGGUGAGACCUCACUUGGAGUAUUGUACACAGUACUGGAGACCGUAUCUUCAGAAGGAUAUUGAUACCUUAGAGAGGGUUCAGAGAAGGGCUACUAAACUGGUUCAUGGAUUGCGGAUAAAACUUACCAGGAAAGGUUAAAGGAUCUUAAUAUGUAUAGCUUGGAGGAAAGACGAGACAGGGGGGAUAUGAUAGAAACAUUUAAAUAUAUAAAGGGAAUCAACACAGUGAAGGAGGAGACUAUAUUUAAAAGAAGAAAAACUACCACAACAAGAGGACAAAGUCUUAAAUUAGAGGGACAAAGGUUUAAACAUAAUAUCAGGAAGUAUUACUUUACUGAGAGGGUAGUGGAUGCCUGGAAUAGAAUUCCAGCUGAAGGGGUAGAGGUUAAUACAGUAAAGGAGUUUAAGCAUGCGUGGGACAGGCAUAAAGCUAUCCUAACUAUAAGAUAAGGCCAGGGACUAAUGAAAGUAUUUAGAAAAUUGGGCAGACUAGAUGGGCCAAAUGGUUCUUAUCUUCCAUCACAUUCUAUGUUUCUAUGCUUUAAAAAAAAAAAAAAAAUAAAUUGUUAUUUAUCAUGUUUCUAUGCUUUUGAGCCUUCCUCAAUUUAGGGAGGUGGAAAGGUUUGUGCUGUGCAGGGAUUUUCAGUAACCCAAUUUCACUUCAUUAUCUCCUUUCUUGCAACGUAUAAAUUAGCAGUAUUACCUUAAGUCACUCGUCAUAAUUGGCUACUCUAAUUUUGUAUUUUUUAUUUUUAUUUUUUUUCCUUUGUAUCUUGGUCUGAUUCAUCAAGAUACAAAUUGGUAUGUGAUGUCUAUGUCUUUGUUUGUUUACGGAGUAGAGAUUGUAACCGUAUUAGUCCAGUGAUGUAGAUGUAAAAAAAACUGAUGCAAUUCAUAUCUUGUAAUACCUUUUUUAUUGGACUAACAGAAUUUUUUUAAUGACAAGCUUUUGGUAGAACCUCCCUUUCUCAAGUCUUAAGCAUUUCUGAGCAAGACGACACAUAGAAUUCAAAGUUGAGUUGUGAUACAGGGGUUAAAGUGACAUGAGUGCAGAUAAGACACAGGUUUGAUAGAAAAUAGACCACAUUCUUGCAGAGGGUCAUAAACAGGGCCGGACUGGCUCACCAGGAUCCCGGGAAAUUUCCCGGUGGGCCAUCGGCACCUGGGGCCGGGGAGACAUGUGGGCGACCUGCGGCCGCAGGGAGAGCUUGGAUGGCGGCCGCAGGGGGAGCUCUUCUGUUGGCCGCAGGAGAAGCUGUGUGUUCUGUCUCUGCUCCCCAGCGCGCAGCUUAAUUAGACCGGGGCCGGAAUAUGACGUCAUAUUCCGGCCCCGGUCUAAUUAAGCUGCGCGCUGGGGAGCAGAGACAGAACACACAGCUUCCCCUGCGGCCGCCAGCACACCUGUCUGCCCACAGGUAGCAACAAGUGUGUAUGUCAGUGGGAGUGUGUGUGUGUCUGUCAUGGUGUGUCUGUCUGUGUCACGGUGUGUGUGUGUCUGUGUCACGGUGUGUGUGUGUGUGUCUGUGUCACGGUGUGUGUGUGUGUCUGUGUCACGGUGUGUGUGUGUGUCUGUCACGGUGUGUGUGUGUGUCUGUCACGGUGUGUGUCUGUGUCUGUCACGGUGUGUGUCUGUGUCAUGUAAUGUGUGUCUGUCUGUGUCACGGUGUGCUUGUAUCAUGGUGAGUGUGUGUGUCAUGGUGUGUCUGUCAUGGUAUGUGUAUGUGUCAUGGGGUGUGUGUGUGUCUGUCAUGGUAUAUGUAUGUGUCAUGGGGUGUGUGCGUGCGUAUUUCAUGGUAUAUGUAUGUGUCAUGGGGUGUGUGCGUGCGUAUUUCAUGGUAUAUGUGUGUGUGUUCAAAUAGUGUUUUUACUCACUUUUUUUUUUCUCCCAACGUCGUGCUGGUCUCCCCUCGACUGGCCCUGGCUCUAUGACUGAGAUCAUCAAGCUUGAUGAUCUCAGCCAAUCCGCACUGAUACAGGAAGCGCCUCUAGUGACCGUCUGAGUGUCUGUCACUAGAGGUGUCACUAGGAAGCAAUGUAAACACUGCUUUUUCUCUUAAAAGUCAGCGUUUACAUUGAAAAGCCUGCUGGGACAGGCUAUAGACACCAGAACCACUACAUUAAGCUGUGUGUGUGUGCGCGCCUGCUAAUGAGUGAGCUUUUUUUUUUUGUCAAUGAGGUUAUAUAUAUCAGUGAGAUUGUUUGUCUAUGAGGCUGUGUAUUAAUGAGAUUGUGUGUCUCAGUGAGAUUGUCUGUGUCUGCAUGUGAGUAUGCUUACUGUAUAAUUAAAUGUUUUACUCUGAAAGGACCAAUAUUUUAUAUUAGAAAAAGCAAUAUAUAUUUGAGAUAUAUGUAUGUGUGUGUGUGUGUAUAUAUAUAUAUAUAUAUAUAUAUAUAUUACUCUAUCAUCUGGGGUGGCAAGACAUAGCCUUACGUAUUACAUGCAACAAUAUAUGGCGCAAUAACUUAUGGGGCUAGCAUAGAUUUUUUUUUUUUUCCAGGGCUGCCUUGUAUCCCCAGUCUGGACCUGGUCAUGAAUAUCUUUCUGAAGAUCAGAUUGAGGGGGGGGGGGACAGUUCAGAAGAUGGUAAAAUUAUAUAUAUAUAUAUAUAUAUAUAUAUAUAUAUAUAUAUAUAUAUAUAUAUAUAUAUAUAUAUUACACACACGUUACCACAUGCAAACACAUGAACUCAUACAUAUACAUACAUGCACAUAAACUUAUAUACAGAAAUAUAAAUGCACAGUCACAUAUAUAAGCAUACAUGCAUAAGAGUAUGGGAAAGCAUAGGUCUACACAUACUACUUAUAUAUUGAUAGGAUAAACAUAUUUGAAUGCAUUUUGAAGUGUUGAUACAUGUGACAGAACAGUACGAUAAGGUGAUUAUCCCCCCUCACUCUGAUCUUCAGAAAAAUAUAUAUAUAUAUAUUGUGACAAACUUACUUUCCUGUGUGUGUUUGUCCAGGAUCUUUUGGCAACCGCACAGCCCUCUAGGGUAAGAAAACCAGGUCAAGACAAAGUCCAGUUUCAAAAGGCCUCUGGCCUGUUUAUUUUCUGUUGUUGUGAAGUAACAGGAUACAAUGAAUCAGCAAAUCUUCUUUCUCCACAAAAACACCUUCUUUCUCCUCCAAAACACUUCCCUCACUUCACCCUGCUUUAACUGCAGUUAUAUAGCUGCUCACAGCCCCUACAGGUGAGGCUAAUGACCUCGUUAGGCAGUGAGCCAGAACUCUAUGGGAAACCUGGGCUGGACUCAUGCACAACCACUCUGACAGUGGGUGGAGAAUCGGCCCACCCUGCUCUUCCGAAUACUCCACCCCAGGGACCCAAAUAACAACAGAGGGAAAAAAAAACUACAUUUAAACUUAACUUUCCCUGGGGCUGCAUGUGCUUACCCACAUGUCAGGAUAGUGGCUGUGCAAAAGUCUGGGUGCCAGAUAUACACCCCUGACCACCAUCCCCAACACUCUGUUACAUAUCCUCCCCCCCAGCUCAGACCUAGUGGGGUGAGCGACCACAGAAAAACAUUUUCUCGCGACAAACUGUCAGCAUUACCAUGUUUAGACCCCGGCCUAUGUUCAACUGUAAAAUGAAACGGUUGUAAACUGAGGAACCACCUUGUCACCCUGGCAUUAUUAUCUUUGUUUUGACUCAUCCAGGUUAAGGGGGCAUGGUCUGUGACCAACCUAAAUUUUCUACCCAGCAGAUAAUAUUUCAAUGAGUCUAAGGCCCAUUUUAUGGCAAGGCAUUCCUUUUCCACUAUAGAAUAUUUUUUCUCAGCGGGAGACAGCUUCCUACUUAAAUAAAACACUGGGUGUUCUUCACCCUGAAUUUCCUGAGACAGAACUGCCCCUAACCCAAGCUCUGAUGCAUCGGUUUGGACAAUAAACUCUUUAGUGAAAUCCGGGGUUACCAGAACCGGUUGGGUGCACAAAGCCUCUUUCAAAGUUACAAACGAUUUUUCUGCCUCUACUGACCACUUAACCACUAGUGGGGCUUUACCUUUUGUGAGAUCCGUUAAAGGAGCUGCUAAUGUAGCAAACAUAGGAAUAAAUCGCCUGUAAUACCCAAUAAGUCCUAAAAAUGUCCUAACUUGCUUUUUAGUGAGGGGGCGUGGCCAAUUUUGUAUGGCCUCCACUUUUGCUGUUUGGGGCUUAACUAGUCCGCUCCCAAUCGAAUAACCCAGAUAUUUUGCCUCUUCCAAACCUAUAGUACACUUAGAUGGGUUAGCAGUUAAACCAGCUAGGCGGAUAGAGUCCAGUACUGCCUGCACUUUGGGAAGAUGUGAAGCCCAGUCAGGACUGUGAAUGACUAUGUCAUCUAAGUAUGCGGCUGCAUAACGGCUGUGAGGCUUCAAAAUCCUAUCAAUCAGUCUUUGAAAAGUGGCAGGGGCCCCAUGUAACCCAAAUGGUAGCACUUUGUAUUGGAACAAUCCCCCUGAUGUUGAAAAAGCUGUCUUUUCUUUUGCUCUGUCUGUAAGAGGUACUUGCCAAUAACCCUUCGUCAGGUCUAAAGUAGUCAGGUACCGAGCCUUACCCAGUCUCUCUAUCAGUUCAUCAACCCUAGGCAUUGGAUAAGCAUCAAACUUUGACACACUAUUUAAUUUACGAAAAUCAUUACAAAAUCUUAACGAACCAUCAGGUUUUGGCACCAGUACUAUAGGGCUGUUCCACUCACUUUGUGAUUCCUCAAUAAUAUCAAGAGCUAACAUUUUCUUAAUUUCUGCAGCUACCGCCUCUUUCUGUGCUUCUGGGAUUCUGUACGGUUUAAGACUUAUCUUCACCCCUGGUUCUGUAACGAUAUCAUGCUUGAUAACGUUAGUCCUGCCAGGAACUACAGAAAAUACAUCCCGGUUUCUACCAAUAAAGUCCCUUACUUCCUGUUUCUGGUGUGGGGACAGGGUGUCUGGUAUAUUUACUUCAAGUUCACUACCAGUCUUAUUAGUGAUAAUUGAAGUAGUUAAGACCUCUCUGUCCUUCCAGGGUUUUAGUAAAUUUAUAUGAUAUAUUUGCUCGGGUUUUCUCCUAUUGGGUUGUCUCACUUUAUAAUUAACUUCCCCAACCUGUUCAAUAACCUCAUAUGGGCCAUGCCAAGAUGCUAGAAAUUUAUUUUCUACUGUAGGGACCAAAACAAGCACCCUGUCUCCUGGGUGAAAAACUCUCAGUCUGGCAUUUUUAUUAUAACUGUUUUUCUGGGCCUCUUGGGCUUUCUGCAUAUGUUCUUUAACUAUUGGCAUGACAGCCGCCAUCCUAUCUUGCAUUUGAGCUAUGUGCUCAAUUACACUACGGUACGGAUUGGACUCCUGUUCCCAGGUUUCUUUUGCUAUAUCUAGCAGACCUCUGGGAUGAUGGGCAUAUAGAAGCUCAAAAGGAGAGAACCCUGUAGAAGCUUGUGGCACCUCCCUUAUGGAGAACAUUAGAUAGGGUAGUAAGCAGUCCCAAUUCUUACCAUCUUUGUCAAUUACUUUCCGUAACAUACUUUUUAAGGUCUUGUUAAACCGUUCUACCAGUCCGUCUGUCUGGGGAUGAUAAACAGAGGUCCUAAGAUGUUUAAUUUGAAGUAGUUUGCAUAACUCCUUUGUAACUUUAGACAUAAAUGGUGUACCCUGAUCUGUCAAAAUUUCUUUUGGUAUGCCCACCCGGCUAAACAUGAGCAUGAGUUCUCUCGCUAUUGUCUUUGCAGACGUGUUACGUAGGGGUACUGCUUCCGGGUACUUGGUAGCAUAAUCCAGGAUCACCAAUAUAUACUGAUGCCCCCUUGCAGACUUUACCAGAGGACCUACCAAGUCCAUUGCAAUCCUUUCAAAAGGUAUUUCUAUUAUAGGCAAUGGUACCAGAGGACUGCGGUAUGCCUUUAAAGGGGCGGUGUGUUGGCAUUCAGGACAAGAAGAACAAUAAUUCGCAACUGAAGCAAAUACCCCAGGCCAAUAAAACCUCUGUAAGACUCUUUCUUUUGUCUUUUCUAUGCCUAAAUGUCCCCCCAGUAUAUGGCUGUGUGCAAGAUUUAGGACUGUAUGUCUGAAAGGCUUAGGAACAAGUAGUUGUUUUACAACAUCCAUCCCCUUUUUCUCUACUCUGUAUAUCAAAUCAUUCUGUACCUCAAAGUAAGGAAAAGAAGGGGCUCUAUCUAGUUGUACUGGAUCAUCAGUUGAAACCUGGAUAUUUUUACGGGCCUCUGCAAGAGUGGGGUCUUCCCAUUGCGCUUUCCUGAAGUUAACAGGACUGACUUCUAAUUCAGGGAAGUUAAUGCCUUGAUCCUGAUCGUUAUCGGACUCCUGACUAUCGUGGCCCUGGUCAUCUCCUACUAAAGCUGGCCUGUGACUUGAGGCUUCAGCCUUCUCUGGUCUUAUGCCUAGUCCUUCCCAUUCUAUGUCAGAAAAAGGGAACACAUUUCCAGAAUCAUCAUCAUUUGCUAUACAAUCAUGAGCUACUUUUCCUGGAGACCCCCACAAGUCUAAAAAUUGGGGGAAAUCCCUUCCCAACACCACAUCAUAAGCCAAUUUGUCCACUACCCCCACUCUAUGAUUCACAGUACCAAAAAGGCUUUCAAAUUUUAGCAAAACUGUAGGAUAUUCACGUUUGUCACCAUGAACACAAAUUAUACCAAUUUUCUGCAAUGCAUCAACAUCGGCUUCAGGUACAAGGCAUUUUGCUAUCAAUGUCGCCAUACUUCCGGAGUCUAAUAGAGCUCUAACCUCUUUCCCAUUCACCCUUAUGGAACAUAUCUGUGGAUUGUGACAACAGUUGGCAACAGCAGAUUCCAUACAAUUCAGCAAACAAGACAAUUGUACAUCCUGAUUAAUCAUAUUGCAUUGCAUAGGUUCAUCAAUCAAGGGACAGUCUCUAGCUUUAUGUCCAGGUUCAUUACACCGGAAGCAUUUAAUAUCGUCAACUGUCCCCCACCUAGACCCUUUUCCAGGAUUAACAUUUCUAGGCAAAAGCAUAUGGGGUCUCUGAGAAUAUGUCUCUUGUUCCUCUGUGUCUCUGAAACCUUGAAAAUUCUUACCAGGUCUUUCAGCAGCUGGAGUCUUAACUCUCUGCUUAGCCUUUGUGUUGUUGAGCCACUGUCUGUCAUCUGCAGCAACAUAUCUUUCCACCAAACCAAUUAACUCAUCAGCUGUUUGUGGAUCGCUCUGACUGACCCAUCGACUCAGUGAAGCAGGCAAGCCCCGCAGGAAUCUGUCCAUCACAAGAAGUUCCAUGAUAUGGCUUGCUGUAUUUAUUUCUGGUUGUAACCACUUUCUAGCAAGACGUAUCAGGUCAAACAUCUGGGAGCGGAUAGGUUUCUCUUGGUUGAAAGACCAGGCGUGAAAUCUUUGGGCACGAACUGCCCUAGUCACACCAAGUCGUGCAAGGAUCUCAGCCUUCAGUUUGGAGUAGACCCCUGCCUGUGCUGGUUCCAGGUCAUAGAAAGCCUUCUGGGGUUCUCCAAUAAGAAAAGGUGCCAGUAUGCUUGCCCACUCACUCACCGGCCACUCUUCUCUCUCAGCUGUCCUCUCAAAAGCUAGCAGGUAUGCUUCCACAUCAUCUGUAGGUGUCAUCUUCUGCAGGUAACGGCUGGCUCUGAUCAUUUUAACCUCGGACUGCGUCCCAUCUGAGACUCUGGUCAGUCCCUUGGUCAAAGCCUGUAUCUCCUUCUGUAUCAUACUGGUGGCCUGAUGUUGCUCCUCUCUGAGCAGGCGGUUUGCCUCAGCUUGGGCUGCCAUAACCUGCUGGAUCAAAGCAUCUGUGUUGGCCUUUUGCGUAAUUACCAGUUGCUGUAGGGCUGUAAUAUUUUCCUGUUGUGCGGCUGUAGCCUCCUGCUGUACGGCUGUAGCCUUUUGCUGUGCAGCUGUAGUUUGCAACAAGACUUUCACAACUUCCUCCAUAUUUCUACAGGCUUGUUUGGCUUCCAGUUAAUACCCACAGGCUUCUUUAGUGCAGUGCCCGCAUUCUCCACCAUAUGUGACAAACUUACUUUCCUGUGUGUGUUUGUCCAGGAUCUUUUGGCAACCGCACAGCCCUCUAGGGUAAGAAAACCAGGUCAAGACAAAGUCCAGUUUCAAAAAGGCCUCUGGCCUGUUUAUUUUCUGUUGUUGUGAAGUAACAGGAUACAAUGAACAGCAAAUCUUCUUUCUCCACAAAAACACCUUCUUUCUCCUCCAAAACACUUCCCUCCCUUCACCCUGCUUUAACUGCAGUUAUAUAGCUGCUCACAGCCCCUACAGGUGAGGCUAAUGACCUCGUUAGGCAGUGAGCCAGAACUCUAUGGAAAACCUGGGCUGGACUCAUGCACAACCACUCUGACAGUGGGUGGAGAAUCGGCCCACCCUGCUCUUCCGAAUACUCCACCCCAGGGACCCAAAUAACAACAGAGGAAAAAAAACUACAUUUAAACUUAACUUUCCCUGGGGCUGCAUGUGCUUACCCACAUGUCAGGAUAGUGGCUGUGCAAAAGUCUGGGUGCCAGAUAUACACCCCUGACCACCAUCCCCAACACUCUGUUACAAUAUAUAUAUAUGUGACCCUCUGCAAGAAUGUUGUCUAUUUUCUAUCAAACCUGUGUCUUACCUGCACUCGUGUCACUUUUUAACCCCUGUAUCACAACUCAACUUUGAAUUCUAUGUGUCGUCUUGUUUAGAAAUGCUUCAGACUUGAGAAAGGGAGGUUCUCCUAAAAGCGUGUCCUAAAAAAAUUCUGUUAGUCCAAUAAAAAAGGUAUUACAAGAUACAAAUUUUAUCUGUUUGUUUACGGAUGUACAAUAAGCUUGAGCAUUUUCCUAGAAUAUUCUAUAUAGAGUGUAUGGGAUAUUUACCUGGAUAUCACAUAGAGACUCCUAGGAUUAAUUAGCACAGUAUCUGCACUCCUAGACAACGUUUUAUAGAUGUUUAAGUAUAUAGACAACUUUUUUAAAUAGCUCCGUAUUCUUGCAGUAAGUUUUCCUUCCCCCUACAUCUGAUUUGGUGUUAAAUAUUUAAAUGCUUUUAUGUUAAAAAUACAUUUUGCAUUUUCAGAUGUUUCCCCUUUUAUUGAGUACAUUAAAAAAAUUGACGAUGGAACGAUCGUUUUAAUGGCAACUUACGAUGAUGGAGCAACAAAGUAUGUAUAUCACGUUUAGUAUGUGUUCUGUGAAUAUAUUAUAUAUACAAUAUAUUCACUAUACUGUGUGUAUUAUCAUAUCUGUACAUUUUUUAAUACAGCCAUAUGAUUGUUGGGUCUUCCACUCCUUCUGCAUCAAGUAUCAAUAAUGCUCAAUUGUAAUACUGCAAAACAUCCAGAUUCUAUAUAAAGAAUAUCUAAUCAUACUCUGGAGUUUUUAUACUAUUGGGUGUUCAUGCGUUGUUUAUAUCUUUUGCAUUCUGUUCAUUAAUUCCAUUUCAUGGAAUCUGAGUAAAAUCUCUUCGCUUUACCGUUUUAGGCUCAAUGAUGAAGCAAGAAAGCUUAUUGCUGAACUUGGGAGUUCGUCGAUUAAUUCCUUGGCUUUUAGAGACAACUGGGUCUUUGUUGGUGGAAAGGGCAUAAAAACUAAAAGUCCAUUUGAGCAGGUAAGCAAUGCUUGUAGUGCUGCUUUUUCUACAACACUGCCCAGUUAUUAUGGUUAGCAAAGACUUAUUUGACUUGUAUAUAACUAUAUAAAUAGAAAUUCAUAAAUUCAAAGUUGGAAUAAUAUUGCUGAGGACAUCUGUUGUCUUGCAAGAUCUACCAUCUAGUAACUUGCUCGUUUACUUAGAACAGUGGUUUCCAAACUAGUCCUCACGCCUCCUCCUCCACUCCACCAGUCCAGGAUUUAGGAGAUACGGAGUUGUGUCUAAAGUGUUUUUAGCAGGAAAAAAACACCUUCGACACAACUCGGUAAUCCUUAAAUCCUGGACUGGUAUGUGGAGCAUGAGGACUGGCUUCGAAAACCACUGACCUAGAAUGUCAUUAUUUCAGUAGUUAAGUGAUAGGGAAAAUUUGGUGGUGGCUUAAAGUGACACUAUGGUCACCAAAUAACUUUUUAGCUUAAUUAAGCAGUGUUUGUGUAUAGAUCAUGCCUCUGAAGUCUCACUGCUCGAUUCUCUGAUAUUUAGGAGCUACAUCACUUUUUGUUUCUGUUUAUGCAGCCCUAGUCACACCUCCCCUGGCUAUAAUUCACACAGCCUGCAUGAAAAAAAGGCUUAAUUUUCAACCAGAUGCUAACUUGCUUUAGAAGCUUUUAACUCCUGCUCUGUAAUUGAACUUUAUUAACACACAAGGCUCCUGUAGAGUCUAGAAGGCUAUUAACAGAGAAGAAAAUGAGGAAAUUCGAAACAAAAAGACUGUGGAAUAAAGGAAGUUUCAACAUUAGAUCUCUCUUUAAAGGAAGUGUUUAGGAAGGCUGUGUAAAUCACGUGCAUGGAGGUGUGACUAGGGCUGCAUAAACAAAGUGAUUUAACUCCUAAAUAGCAGAUCAUUGAGCAUAAUCUACACACCAAAUCUGCUUCAUUAUGUUAACGUUGUUUUUUGGCCUAUAGUGUCCUUUUAAGGUUAACCUUGCACACACACUUGACUGACUUUCCAUUAGUUACUGAACAAAAUUAUAAAUCCAACACUUUUUUGUUUUUGCCCCCCAUUAUUCAUGAGCUGAACUCAAAAAUCUAAGACUUUUUCUAUGUACACAAAAGGCCUAUUUCUCUCAAAUAUCGUUCACAAAUCUGCCUAAAUCUGUGUUAGUGAGCACUCUGUCAUAUACGCUGUUCCAGAGCAUUCCUAACAUGCUCAAUGGGUGACAUGUCCAGUGAGUAUGUUUUCAGCUUCCAGGAAUUGUGUACAGAUCCUUGCAACAUGGGGCCAUGCAUUGUUGUGCUGCAACAUGAGGUGAUGGUCAUGAAUGGCACAACAAUGGGCCUCGGGGUCUCGUCACGGUAUCUCUGUGCAUUCAAAAUGCCAUCAAUAAAAUGCACCUGUGUUCGUUAUCCAUAACAUACCCGGCCCAUACCAUAACCCCACCACCACCAGUGGCCACUCGAUCCACAACGUUGACAUUGGCAAACUGCUCACCCAUACGGCGCCAUACAUGCUGUUGGCCAUCUGCCCUGUACAGUGAAAACCGGGUUUCAAACGUGAAGAGAACACCUCUCCAUCAAAUGUGAGCAUUUUCCCACUCAAGUCAGUUACGAUGACGAACUGCAGUCCGGUCGAGAUCCCGAUGAGAACAACGAGCAUGUAGAUGAGCGUCCCUGAGAUGUUUUCUGACAGUUUGUGCAGAAAUUCUUUGGUUAUGCAAUCCAAUUGUUGCAGUAGCUGUCUGGGUGGCUGGUCACAGACGAUCUUGGAGGUGAAGAUGCUGGAUGUGGAGGUACUGGGCUGGUGUGGUUACACAUAGUCUGCGGUUAUGAGGCCGGUUGGAUGUACUGCCAAAUUCUCUGAAACGCCUUUUGGGAAUGAACACUCAAUGCACGGGCAACAGCUCUGGUGGACUUUCCUGCAGUCAGCAUGCCAAUUGCAUGCUCCCUCAAAACUUGCAACAUCUGUCGCAUUGUGCUGUGUGAUAAAACUUCCCAUUUUAGAGAGGCCUUUUAUUGUGGUCAACCUAAGGCGCACCUGUGCAAUAAUCAUGCUGUCUAAUCAACAUCUUGAUAUGCCGCACCUGUGAGGUGGAUGGAUUAUCUCGGCAAAGGAGAAGUACUCACUAACACGGAUUUAGACAGAUUUGUGAACAAUAUUUGAGAGAAAUAGGCCUUUUGUGUACAUAGAAAAAGUCUUAGAUCUUUGAGUUCAGCUCAUGAAAAGGGGGGGGGCAAAACAGUGCUGCAUUUAUAAUUUUGUUCAGUGUAAUUGUAGUUAUUUUAUUUAUUUGUUAUUUUCAUUUCAAUGUCCAAAUAGGAAAAAAUAAAAUAACCACUGCCUUCAUCUUCUUGUUCCCAGCACAUAAAGAACAACAAAGAUACAAACAAGUACGAAGGCUGGCCAGAGGUUGUAGAGAUGGAAGGAUGCAUCCCACAGAAACAGUCUGAUUGAACGCAUUACGGAACAAUAUUGGACUUGAUGUUGGGCGGAAGGAGUAGAUCUGGGUGGGGAAAAUAUAAAUUCAGUUGUAAAUAUACUGCACAAAUUCAUCCAUCAUUGUCGAUGUGAGCAUAAGUUCGAGAUUUAUUUAUUGCUAACACAAACACGUAUUUUUGUAAAAGAAAUUUUGAAGAAAAGAAAUAGGUCAUGUUCUGGAAUAGUUUAUUUUUUAUUUUUCCUCUCGCUCUCUUCCAAUUACUGACAUUCCUAUGACCAUCUGAGCUGCCCGAUUUCGAUGCAAAUCCAUUGCGUUAUUAUGAUGGCAAUACAUGGGUAUUUUCAUUUUAAAUUCUGUACAUUGCAAAACAAACACAAAUGUUAUUUCACCAAAGAGUGCAUAUUUUUGUUUUGUUCUUAAGGAUUCUUGUCAAGCUGCAAUAGAAUUGUUUUUUUUGUUUGUUUGUUUUUUGCAUUACUAACUUUUAUUAAUAAUUAUUUGGAGACCCAUAAUAGCUUGACGUGCAAAACUUGGAAUAAUGUUGUUACAGUUUAGGGAAAUAGAUGAUAUUUUAAUAUAGCUGUGUGUUGUGUGUGUUUUGUUUUCCGUUGCUGUUUUUGUUCUAAAUCUAAUAAAUCUAUAUAUUUUUUUUCUUUUUACCCAAAAAACUAUUAAAUUAAAGCCUGUAGUACUAGACCAAUAGUUGAGGAUUUUACUGCUUGUUACAAAUAAGCACAAUUUAAAGGCAUGGAGAUACAUACAGCCUAACAUGCUCAAUGAUUUGAUAUUGCCAUAAAUCAGUCUUUUGAUGUUUAACUCAAUACACCCUAUGUUGCACUUGACUCUCAUCAAAAGCAUCUUAAUGUGGUAAUGUUAAUGAAUAGCUACAUAAUAUUUACUUUUUGUUAUUUUCAUCUCUGUAGUAUAUAAGCAGCAAAAAGAGUUAACCCCUUAUGAACAGAGGCACCUGUACAAGUUCUAACCAAAACAAAACCUUGAAUUUGACUGUUCAACCAUAAUUUUCCUCUUUCAUAUUAUUCCUCAUUUGAUUCAGGAGAAAUUGGCUUUCAUUUCACAUCCAAUAUUUUAUAUAUGGAACACAAUUUAAUAUGAAUAAAAUCUAAAAAGGUGUGAGAAAUUAAGAAAUAUUGUUAUAGUCCAAGUUCUGCAUGACCUUUUUAACUGUGAAUGUCAUCAUAUUGUUGGCUUUUACUAACACGCAUAUUUGUGUCUAGCAAUGUCUCACAAUUACAGCAGUACCUGCAUUGUACAUAUAUACUGCCACUUGUUUGCGCUAUAUUAAUAAUAAUAAUAAUAAUAAUAAUGUACAGGUUUUUUUGGAAAGUUACAUUGUCAAAUACAGGGCUUGCAAAUUCAAAUCUUGCUAUUAAUGUCUGGGUUGUCAAGCAAGUCCCUCAAUGUAUAAAAAGCCCAUGCAUUCCCCCUGCAGGCAAUUUUGUAAUCCGGCUGAGUCAUGUGAUCACACUGUCCUCGCCAUCACCAUGAUGCUGUUCAAGGACUCUGGCUACAGGAGGACACCCGUGAUUGCUGCAGAGGGUGGGUAUUUGGGCUGUCAGGUGGGCCCGAUUGUUUUGGUGUGCUUUGCUGCCCUAACAGCGUUAGGGUCACUCCACUGCCCACAUACAGAUUUUAAAAAAAGCAAGUUUAGUAGAUAUACUCUUAAUGAAAACUUAAUUAUGCAUUUUUCAUUGGAUUUAUAUCUAAAAACCGCUUGCAAAAACUGCAGACCUCUUGCCUGAUGCCUAUGAAACCCUCCUCUUCUAACCCCACCCAGACUUUAUGUAGCUGUCCAAUCAGACUUCCUGCUUGAAAGCUGAUGGUAAAUCCAGUAUAAUUUAUAAAAGUGUCAAUUUCUAUUCAAAUCUGCACAACUUCCAAAAAAAAAGAGGACAUACUCUUCACACACACAGCUUUUCAGCAAGCCAAAAUAGUGUCUCUUUAAAGUACUCCUUUUGUAGGAUGGCAUAGCACGCCCUAAAGUCAGGAAGGGGUUAAACAUCCAAAGCUAAACUUGCUAUAAAUUGCGUGGUACAUGUUGCUAACUGCUGGUUGGCAUAGUGUAUCUAAGUGUUUCUGUGUCACAUUGUCUGUUUGCUUCAUAGUAGCUACAAUUCAACAUCUGAGAAGAUCAGGAAGGCUACACCUUUUCUGAUUUUUUUUUUUUUAUUUUUUUUUUUUUUUUUAAUAAACGUUCUGUUCAACACAUCAUGUACCUUUUAAAUGUGAUUGUAGAAAGCCCAAGUUCAGCUUUGGGUUACUGCACUAUACAAUUAAAGUAACAACUGAAGUAUCAUAACUCACUGUAGUGGUUAUGGUGCCUGGAGUGGCCUUGCGCCACCCUGUCAUAAGGAGUCGAAUAAUUUUUGGUGGAAUGAUUUGACUUAUUACCGGAGGUCCACUGGGUACCACUUGCACUACCGGUGCCGCAAAACAUGGCUAAUUGGCUGAGAGCGAUCGGCUGACACAUUCAGCCAAUGCAAGACAGCAGCGCUGGUUAUGGUGCUAGGAGUCUUCCUUUUAUGUAAAAUAUAAUUUUGUAUUUUCAGAGCUUUGAAAUGUCUUUAUUGGCAACAAUGAAGUACACUCUAGUGAUUCAAAGUUUUUCAGUUUUAACAGUAGUUUACAUGAUAUUCUAAUGCUCUUCCUCACUACCUCCUUCUUCCAAUUAAGAGGGGGAAUGAAUUGGCUUGGGAAUAGACAGGGAAAUGGCAAAUAUUAGGACCUUGGUCAAAUUAGGAGUAUUCCCAAACAACUAAUUUUCCAACUGUUUUUGUAUCAGAUAUUCAGUUCACUUGUCUAUUCCACAGAGUGUUUCCAUGUGGUACUGUUAUUACUAGACUACAAAUUGCAUGGGGAUCAUUUUGACAAUAACCAUUUUUGAUUGUUAGACCCUAACUUAUUACAGAUAGAAAUGGAUCACUUUUUACAUUAAUCUAGUUUUAAUUUUCACAUUAUUUCAGCCUCGUAUUUAAUGUUUGUGAUUUGCCUAGAUUAAAUUGGAUUGAGAUGUAAAAAGGUUGGCUUUAUUUAUGAGCUAUUAAGACUGAAACCGAAAAUGUUCACUUUGAGAAAGCAUUUAGUACAUUGGAAUAUGAAUCUAGCAUUUUUACUAGAAAUGAUUUUGCCUUAUACACCUUGUUCGUAGCAUAGGUGCAUUUCUAUCCAUGUCUAUUGUCUAAAAAUUAAAAUGGUUUGCACUAUCAUUUUUUUUUCUUUUCUUUUCUUAAAAAUAAAAACUAUUAAUGUAA